CCUUGCUACCGGCUUCCGGGAAGAUUUUCCGUCCGUCCGGCUCUGCGGACUCAAGGAGAGAAAGGUAACGGCCACGAUCCUGUGCUAAAAUCUCCUUUAAAAAUGCUUAUAUGUGAUGAAAAGUGUUGAAUGGCUUUCACGCAGAGUGCCGAGAGGUCUAUUGAGGUGUAGGUGUGGUUGUUUUAGUCUGAAGAUUGUGCUUGCUGUGGUGACUUUCUUCAGUCUGUUUCUGCUGUUUUCAGGGAUUAGCAGGCUAGCUGGUUGUUAGCAUUCAGUGCUAAUGCGACGUGGGUGUUCUUUCUUUACUUUACCCUGUCAAACAUUAUUACAGACAACCAAAAUAACUCAUUCACACCGCCUUUUAGGGACGUUUUUAUUUUAAGUACUAUUUACGUUUGAAGACCAACCAACUGUCGCGCUCCAGUGUUGGUGUUUUUGCCGGUAAACGUUACAGACGUUCAGCCCUCCAACCGUCCUGCUAGCUUGCUCCAUAACAGGCUACACAGGCAGCAGCAGCAGGAUCAAACCACUACACUCAUGUCGAAGCUGUGUCUUUCCUUGUGUCAGCUUCUUUAAAGAAAGCCGGGAGACUGGAGUUAUCCAUAAAGGCAUGUUUUGACAGCUGUGACAGUAAAUCGGGUGUUAACGUGAUACCUGAAACCAUGUGGUUGCCAUGUAAUGUUUGCUGGCGUUACCGGCGAUCUGAAACCAGUGUGCUGGGUGGUAUAGGAAAUUGAUGUAGUGUAUAGCUCAGCCUUUUAGGAGUCUCACUGUUACAACUCCAAAAAGCUUAAAGAAAACAUGAGCAAAUGUGUAAGUAGGUAACAGCUGGAGUGUGUAGGGGAUAAUCCUGUGACCCUGCCUGUUUAAUUCCCUGUCAGACUGAUCUGACAGGACACUUGUUUUGCAUGUGACACCUUGGUUUGGGUCCUGAUGAGGUGCAAUGUGCCAUAUUGUCACCUGAUCAGUAUGGGAUUUUCCUAAAGCAUCAUUGAGUAUCCUGCUCCCACUGCUUGUGCUGCAUCAAUGUAAACGUAGGUUGUCGCAGUGGUGAUGCUGGUGUCUAACUGGGCCGAGGUGAAACGGAGGUGUCUGACUCAUUGUAGCUUGUUUCGGCACUCACGACACCGUUGACAGCACCACCGCGGUGAUAAACCGGGAUGUCUGAAGCUUCUGAGUAAACUUAGUGUUCGGAUAUAUGAGUAAAUGAUUGUGUUUUUGAAUGGUGAUGUUAUCAGCCAUUACCAGUAGCAUUCUCCGUUGCCUGUCAGUCAUCUAGUAAGUAUCCACGUUUUAUCGACUCGAUCACUGCUGACUACGUUGAUGUCAUUAUUGUUCUGUUUAUUUGCUGUGCUACAAAUGAAACGCAUCAUUGCCACAUCAUUUGAGGUGUGGUUGGCAUGGCCGGGUAGUGCAUCGCGCCAACAGCAGGACAAAACCACGUGCUAAAUCCAGAUUGGCCUAGGAAAGUUAGCAAAAGGCUAACAGCACAACAUACUGCACGCAGCACCCGUGUUCGUAGAUGUUCUAGCAAGGUGGAGCAGUUGAUUUGUGUUUGUUUAUUGAAAUGCAAUGCAAAUAGUUGUCAUUAUUGUACGAUGCGUGUGUGUGUGGACACGCCCCUGUGUCAAAGCAAAAGCUCUUCGGUGUUAUACCGGUGCAACACUGGCGUUACAGGGCAUUAGCAUAGCAGCUGGUUGUUAAUAGUGAUGGUGUGAGAUUGUUGGUUUACAGGGAGGCAUCAUCGCUCCUGUAGUCAUGUUGAAACCGGUUGUUGAUCACUUGACCAUGCCUGCUGCUGCUGCUGCAGCUGUGAGGCUGAUGUUUAGGACUGCAGGCAUGUGACUCAAGCUGAAAACGUAGGUGCAGUCACCAUAGAGCAAUUUUAAAGACAUCCCUCCCAAACGUUUGUUUACAUUCAGUCCACCAGUAUAUAAUGCAGUGAUAUGUGGCAUGCGCAAGCCAGAGUGAAUGAAUGAAACUUGACUUGAGAAGAACAAUUGUAGGAUAAAUGCAUGAUAUGUCAAAGCCAGGCUGUCACAGUUUGCCUGACAUAAGGACACCACGCAGCUUCCUGGUGUGAAACUGUGUGAAAGCAUAGUCCAGGCAUGUGUGGGUUUUGGCAGAGUGUUAGUUAACUAGAGGAACAUGGAAGGGCCGGGAGGGACAAGCUGUGCUGGAGUGAUGCUGUGUCACUGAAGCCUGACUUUCACUGUACAUCCUCAGCAGCAUGAAAUGUCUGACUGACUGAAGAUGCGUUUGCUUAUUGGAUGUGACGAUCUUGUUAAAGCAAUGUUUUGUUCGGUAGUAGUGGACCUUUUAAGUGGAAAGGAUGUAUUGUAAGUUGUGCAUUUGGUUAGUUUUGCAUUCUCGAAUCAUCAAUAACAUGAAUUUUGCUCAUCAUGAGGAGUGCAAGCCUUAUUAAACUAAUAAUUAGUAUUUAUUAAUCACUUCUGUGUACUGACAGAAGCUGUCUUAGCUCUCAACUCAUGAUGCAACACAAUUCACAAUGCUGUGUUUAUGAAGGAUUUUUUCAUUGUAAGUUACAGGGUUUAUGUUGGUGUGACUUUCGGGCUAAAUAUACAGUAUUUAUACAAUUCCACAGUCAAAGAAAUCUGUCAAGUCAAGUGAAGCCUGCCACCAGCAGAGCUUUUUCUGUGCUGAUGUUGCUGUAAGGGCAGACACUGUGGCUCUGUGGCUGGUACACCCUGCCAUCACAGUCUGCAUGGCAGAGAGCCGUAUAUAACAGAGAAGUUACUGAAAGCAUCAAGGGUCGAUAACUUAGCAGAGGCUUAACAGACUGUGAGUAAGAGGGCUUAAAAACCCUCACAGGUAUACAUGAUCAAUGUAUGUUAUGGUCCUCUUUUUAAGAGGGCAGGCUUACAAAUCUGUCAAGAUAGAAGGAAGCAAUACAAUGUCAGCCUAUGAUAAUCAUAUACCACAGAUGUUUAACUCUUUGGACAAACCAAACAACACAGAAGAAUUAAUGACAGCAGUCAGUCUGCAGGUUUAAUUUUUUUGGCUAGCCUUGGAUGGAUACAACAGAGCAAACCCUCUCUUGACUGAAAAAGUGGGUAGUAGGGUAGCAGGUGUUUUAUAAAAAGAAAUGCAGAAAUGAACAAGAAAAUGACAAGUAAAGUGACACCCCAUGGUACUUACAACAUUACAAAAUUCUCUCUAAAAUUGGUCCAUUAUGGCCACUUUAUGUGUGUUUAGUCCUCUUCAUGGAUGAAUUGCUCUCAAUUUUUAGUCCCACAGUUAACUCUCUCUUCUACUGGCUUUUGAACCGUUUCAUUUUCAGCUGUAAAACAAAGAAAUCAUUUGCUGGAAAGUUAGUUGGGAAAACUGCUCCAAAAGUAAUAGCCAUAUUGGUCCAAUUAAAGACUUUAUUUUCUUGAAAAUACAUGAGAAAAAGAGGGAUCCUCUUGUGACGAGUCUAGACUUGUUCUUUCAAACAUAUGUUAGUGACAGUUAAGUGACGUACCCGGAUGUUUUUGCAAAUGAAUCUACAGUGCACAAGCAAGGUGUCAAUCAUCUCGCAGUCUCCCAAAAUUUUAUCCUUGUAAAGUCAUUAACCAGUAUCUCUGACAACGUAGUUACUAAGCUGACUAAUCACUUUGCUGUAUGUUUUAUUAUAAUUAUUAGAGUAAUCAUUUCAGUGCAUGAUAAUCCUAAUAGUGAAUUCGAUUUAUUUAGAAAUUUUGAUUUAUUAUUUUUUUAUUGUUUUUCUGGUAACUGUAGGUUAUUAGGUAUUUAUGACUAUUCAGAGCAUGGGUCUGGUAGCUGUUCUGUAUGGCUGCGGCUGACGGUUGGUUUGGUUGAUCUGCCGACUGAAGGAGAGCACCUGCAGGAAGAAUCUUCCUAGAUUCUAGGAGAAAGCCUACUUAAAGUCAAAGGCAUAUUUGCCUUCACACAUGCAGCUUAGCUAGACAAUAUCAGGAAAUGUUCGAGGCUGAAUGCAAAAGGGUCUUUUGUGAUAGCUUGACUUGCUGAACAAAGUGUUGCAUGGAUGAUUUUUUACCUAAAAUUUCUUAAUAUUGUGGUUUUGACAGAUAUCUUGCUUUUUAAAAAGUAUAAAAAGGGAAUAAAGUUGACUUGACAGGGAUUCUUUAGAUCUCUGUUGUUAUUGCAGAUUUAAAACAUGCAUCACAUUUGAAUUCAUCAUGAUGAUUAAAAUCAUUUUUUUACUUAUUGAAAGAAAAAACAGGAAUGUACUUCCGUUAUAUUGCCUGGCCCCACAAAGAAUCUCGAACACUGCAGCAGGCCAUGAACUCAUUAGGACAGUGACUCAUUUAAUAUUUCCCCUGAUCAAAGCCAGGCUGCAGAGUAUGCUAAGCUCUCAUUAUAUUGCAUUGCACAGCUUGGAAAAGUUCAUUUUAUUGAGAUAUAUUUGAAAACAGUUGUGCUUUUGGAACGGAGGUUCUGCUUUAAAUUAUACAUGUACAGUGGUAAGGCUUUGGAGGUGAUAUGCUAGCCAAUUUCUUUGCAGCAACUUCAGCUCCUCUUCUCCUUUGUGGGUCAUUGGAGUGCACGCACAGAGAGGCUUAUGCAACAGUUGUAGGAGCAUGUUUCACCAGCAGUGGUGCCGGCAGCUGGAUCUCAGCAGGGCUGCACGUCAGAGUGGCUCGAAUGACUCGGCUGUGUGUGAUUAGGAGGUGGAGGUGCCUUAUUUUUACAACAGAACCCUGCAAAACAAAGCCCACCCAAACACCCCUCUCUGCUCUAACUCUGCUGCGGCAGAUGGGUCCAAGGAUAUUUCCGAUUACUCAUAUGUGUCUUCUGCAGUUGAACUUGUAUGGUAUCCAGAGAGUGUGUCAUCAACACACAAGUAUUCAGAGAUACCCUUAUGUUCUCCAACGUAAGGAAUCCCCUCUAAACAGUGAAGGUUUUGUUAGUGUGUCCUGCUGACUGGCGUCCAGUCUGUAAGGCAGUGUAGGUUGUUAGUCUGAGACUCUUUUAGCCACGAGAUUGUUUAUUCAGCGUUUUAUCUCCCUGCCAGCUCGGCUCAGUCUGACAAUCUCUCUGUUUGUGGAGAAGUCUUUGAGCUGCUGGAUGACAGUCUUUCCUAACCCUAACUGAUAUUGCUGCCAUUCUCCUGGGCUCCAAAGCACCUGAGGCAAUCCUACCAUCAAUGUCUGUCAGACAGUGUUUUUCCAAGCUGGGGAUUUCUGUCCAGCUGUAGGAAAACCCUCAACUAGUUAUCUGUUCGUGGUCUUGUUUUUGUGUGUCGGCAGAGUCAUGGAAACAGAAGUGAUCAUAACCUUUCCUGCAGCAUGAUUUCCUCUUCUUUAAAAAAAGGAAAAAAAAAAACUCUGAUUCAUCAUGACUCAGGCAUUUUACACUGCUGCUUCCGUGAGUGUGUGUAAGGGAGAGAGUGUAUCCGUGAAAAGGGGCGUGAGUGGGUCAGGGGGAGAGAUAGUAGGCCUGUGCUAUUUAUACUAAAAUGUGUCACAAGUGUAAGAAAGGUUGUGGUUUUCAAUCUGGACUUGUCUCCCUGUGUAGCUAACCCUGACAGAAAGUGUGAUAUGUAAGGUUUCUUGUCAGGUGAAUGGACAAAGGCUGCAGUAAUCGAUAGGAACGCACUGGUGUAUCAGUCAAAUAUCGACCCUGUUACAGACGAGUACCUAUCCGCAAAUGUUGUGCCAUGUCAGCAGCUGGUGUUUAUUUGUAUGUACUAUAGCAACCUGCCCUUUUCUCAAUCACAUUAAUGCAAACCUAGGGUAGGGAGCCGUGACACCUGACUACCAAUCGAGAGGAGAUGCAUUUUAUUGGGCAGAAGAAGUCCCCUGCUGGACAAACUCUGAUGUAGUUCAUGCCCAAGCUUGAAAGAACAUGUUCAUUUUGGGACUAUCGCAUUGUCUCCAAGAAAGAUCAGUAACAUGCAGUUUGUAACACAGGCCCCAGAGACGUUUGAAGAGUGACUUUAAAAGAAGGACAAGCUUCUAUUAUAUUACCUUGUGACCUGAAUACUUUAGGCUGUCAAGGUUCAAAAGCUUCAGGGAAACAUUUCUUAGUCGAUUUUAAGAAAAUAAGAGGGAAAGCUGAACUUCAACUUCAAGCACAGCAUUGAUAAGCAUUCCAGUCUCCCAUGAGUUGAUCAGUUCGUGAGCAUGUCCCUCAUGACCGAGGUCAGCCUACGCACAUUUCUAAUGACUUCUUCCUGAUCAGCUUGUGGGGGACUGUAAUGCUGAUCUGAACCAUGCGCUGUGAUUUACUCAUGAUCUUUCAUCUCGCCACUUCAGCCAGAGAGCUGGUCACUUUUUCACUGUCUUUGUACAGAAGUUUUAGUUUGUGUAUGUUCCCUCUCGUCUUUUAAAAAUAGACAAAGAUGUGUUGUUGUUUUUUUUUGUCGGGAAAAACUUAACAGCGUGAAGGCAUACAGGUCGCGCUGAAUGCAGCAGGGUUUUUAACAGCUUUCAAACUCACAACAGGCACAGAGUGAAAUGCCAGAAGAGAGCCAGCCUGAAAAGGUUGUCUAAAAAUGUGUGUGCAUAUGUUGGAUCUAACUAAGGUUUGCUCAGGUAGAGCAGACCAGUCAUCUAUCUGAUAGACUGCCAAUCAGAUACUACUCCUACGACUACAAUCAGAUAGUUUAUUUUAGAAGGCGUUUAUUGAGUUUAUUUUACUGCCUUAGUCAAUCAAAAUACUUAAUUAAAAAAUAGAGUAGGCCUUCAAAAAGUCUCUCCCUGAAUGUAAAUCUUGAGAAGGAGGGUGUCUUAUAAUUAGGGUCAUCUCCAAGCCGCUCUGAUACUAUGACUGAUCUGCAAGAAAAGUUGGCCUGAUAUUAUGCAACAAGUACAGUCCUUGAGCAGAUCGUGUUGCCAGUAAAUGGCUGUGCAAGCAGGGUCUCCAUGUAAACAUGCAUACUACGCAGCUACUGUCACAGAUCAUGUGGCCUGGGUCAAGUUAGGCAACGUAUUUUCAGUUUGCCUUGACUUCGUAUUCCUGUUGACUACAUAGACUAAUAUAGAGGACACAGUCGUUCAGGUAUAAGUAAGAUGGGAGUUGUGGACAAGCGUCAAAAACAUCACAAUGUGAAAAGUGUGAUUGUCACCUUACUUGUAUAUCUGUGCUUGAAAAAAUCCCAGCGUAUGCAUUUGUGAAUUUUUUUGUUAAUCUUUCCUUUUGCUCAAUUUAUCAUAAGAGUAAAAAUAAUAUUGUCAAGUCGGUUUCUGCCUUUUUCACUAUCUUUCCAUAGUCAUUGUCCCAUGAGGUCUGCUUUCUACCUCCCAAUCUUCAGAUUUCCCCUCCUCCAAAUCUCCAGCAUUUGGCGAUAAUACCCAGCUCUUUGUCUUGUAGAUGGUAAACAAAGCUAACUUUGUCCCAUGGUUUCUGAAGUCGGACUGAAUGCAGACUCAUGUUGUCUUAUGUUAUGUAAGGAUAAGGUCAGGAAUUCUGUAUUUGACCUACAGACAGAGAGAAAACACCAAAACUCUGCAUGUUUAAAACUUUAUUUCUGGACUUGCCCUGACCCAACAGGAGUUUGAUUUGCUGCUUCUUGCAGUGUUUGUUAUUAUUACUUAUCUCUUCACAUUUUUUGUUCUGGAUUUUAUUUUACAAGAAAAUAAUCUAAAUCAAACUGACAAGGAUGAUUUAUUUUUCAUUUUGCCCCACAAAGAAAUAAAAAUAAAUUACUUGGGAACUAUUUUUUGAACUUUUAGUCAACUUUUAUAAUAAGAUACCCAGUUUUGAAGUCUUGCAUUGGGAAUGAUGGAAAAUUUUUGUUAUCAUCUUUGACUGUCAUUGUAAUUUGGGGUUUUAUUAUGCAAAUAUGAAACAUUUCCUGAUAUCUUGCUGAACUCUUGGAAAAUAUGAUUAAAGGGGGGAAUCAUGCAAUUUUUUCAGACUCUAUAUUUCUUAUCUGAUUCUUCUUUUAAUAGUUUUACAUGAUUUUCAGCUCAAAUAAGCCUCAAAUUUCUUACUUAUUUCAGCCUCUGUCUUAAACGUCUCGUUUUACCUGCUGUCUCUUUAGGGCCCCCCUCCACAAACCUACUUUCUUCUGAUUGGCCACCUCUCUGGAGGCUUUCCGGAAAUCGGUUCUUUCUGUUGUGGUCAGCGGGGAAGUGUUACCCCCAUAGACUGUAUAUAGAAUGGUUGCCAUCUGCCUCCUUGCUGGGUAAAGCCACCGAGAGAGCAGCACCUUCUGGUGACAGGCUGCAGUAUAGGUCAUAAAUCCCACCUCCUCCAGCAAUCCCUGUGGAGCUGUGGACAAACUUUAGAAACUAUUACACAGAAUAUAAAUUUUUAUCCCCCUGGUUGCGACGUUGACAUGUAGUUAACGUAAGACUGGUUUGUGCUCAAGCCCUCUUUUUUUGUGCAGCUCCAUUUUUAGAAGUUAUUAGGGGCUUCAUGUUUACUAUGAUUGACACUUGAUACAGCCUAUGGGCGUAGCUCACCUUGGGGAUACGCUGUUUGAGCCGAGCGCCAUCACAGCGACUCUCAGCAACUCUCCUGCCAAAUGUGCACUAUGCUACUGUGCAAGUGGGGGUUCCAGGAAGUGGAGAAAGUCCCAAGAGCAAUUCAGCUUCAAAUUCGUAUAAUAAUGGAAAGCGGAACCAAGUUGUUUAUGUAUAGUCUGUGACAACAUACGUUUACCUCAGGAUUCAGACACCAAACUUUGUAACUCAGCAGUUUUUGUUGUAAAUGAGGAAAAGUAUUGAUACCCCUCCCCCUUAACAUGUUCUACUUUUUACUAGACCAUAGUUUGUCUUAAAAUAUCAGUAGCCCUGUGACUGAAAUACAGUACCUUAUGUUUUUUUGCUUGUGUGGUCCUGAGGAUUUGUUGUUGGUAUUUUUUGUGCAAAAAAAAUCUUGCCAUGCUUUAUUUCAACACCAAAAUAAUUAACCUACCAGAACUCUGUACCUUUUGAUAUGUUAAGGGUAAAGAGGUUCGUAAAUCAGCCAGUUGUGAAUUACUUCCCACCUCUCUCUGGCACUUUUUUUUGCAUUACAGGAUAUAGGAACUGCCUUUAUGUGGAUGGUUUCGUUCACUUUUGUUGGUUAGAAUGAGGCGUCAGCUGGUUUGGUUCCAGUCUGUUUCGUAACCUCCCAGGAGCUUUACACACAAACCUUCUACCUUCAUGUAUUCCUGUAUUUACUGGCACAGUUGUUUGUUGAGAUGCAUCAUGAGGGAUAAUUUGAUGUCCCAGGCUUUGAUGAAAUUGCUUCCCGAAGUGCGUUUCACCUGCAGGUUGCUCUGGCGGUGCUGGUUAAGACUCCCCUGGUUUGACCUUCUGUGGUAAUUACUCCCAGAUGAAUAGUUUCAACAAGACUAAUUGUUUGGAAUAUAUAAGACAAAAAACAGCCCCUGAGACCUUUGGAUCUUUUCAAAGUAUUCACCUCCCAUGUAAAGUCUGAUCUCCCUGCUUUAAGAUGUUAGUGCAGCAUGUUGGUUGGUAAAUGUGAUUUUGUCAAACAAACAUCAGGUAGAGAUGCUGCACACUCGAUAUUUACUAAAAUUCUCUUUCUCUCCUUGUUUUGUUUGUUUUCAGGAAAAUUUGUUCCUCAGUGUGACCACACUAAGGACCUAAGAUUCCUAAAUGUAAGUAAGCAAAAUAAGUUUUGCCUAUUAACAGAAAGUUGGUGUUAUACAUGUUGAACCUGAUCAUAUAUAUGUUAUCAUUUUUGUUUGUGUUUGUUAAUUUUCUUUAUUUUCGGUCCUUCAGCCUCUAAAAAACCUUGUCAUCAUUUCAAUCAAAUCCCUGUCUAAAUACAACCAACCGCUCUCUCUUUUUUUUGUCAGAUUAGUACACAGGUCCACAUCUGCCUCCCCAUGCAGAACUCCAUGAAAUGAAUAAAGCACCACAGCCUAUAACAGGACCCCCCUCCAACCCCCACCCUGCCCCCUCCCCUGGCCUUCCACAGGUAAGGAUCCCUGCUGCUUUACCCUCUGUCUCCACUCUUCAAGGACAUUUUGCUGUCUUGUUUAGUUUAUUGCGUAAAAAGCCGUUUGGGAGCAUUUUUGUGUAUUUAAUGAGAAGCAGAAUACACAGCAGUGCUUCUGUGGUGCAGGAUGGAUGCGGCUGCUGCAGGCACUGUCUUAGUACAACUGUCAUUCAUGCAGCAGCAAUACAGUCAUUGUAGUAGUCAGAAAUGCUCAGCUUCUUACUAUGCGGAUGUGUCUUUUUCCAUUUUGCACUCACUUUUUUAGCUGACAGCUUUACCAGCGUGCAGCAACUCUGUUCCAUUGAUAGACUCCAAAAGUUUGAUCCUCCAGAGUUUCUUUUAAAAUAGGGCAAAAGUCAGAAAAAUAGUAUUUGAAUUCUUAGGUUUUUCUCCUUCGUUGCCUCAGAUUAAGUGUGUACACCUAAGAACACAACUUUUUCAAUUUUCUGUUAACAUAUUUGCAACUAGAAGUUGUUUACAUGGAAAUGUAUGAGAUAGAGAAUGUUAAACUGGGGCCACUUGUUGUCUAGCUGCACACCCCAGUCUUUAUUUCACUGCCUAUGUAGAAUCCUGAUCCUGACAUGAUUUGAUGCAUGUCAUUCCCCUUCUCUCUUUUUCUCCCCAUAUUUCAUUUCUUUCCCAUGCUGUUCUUUCAAAUAAAAGCCAAAUGCCCAAAACACAUUUCUGAGAACAAAAAAAGAAAAAGUUGAAAUAUUGUUCAUGUUUUGUGCUGAAAAGGCAAACUUUUGAAACAAGGUCCCAGAGUGGAAUCCUUUAAGAGCGCCACCCUUUCUGUUGCUGUGUUAACAGUGAAUUCACAGCUCACGCCUUCAUGCGGGGGCCUUUAAACAUCUUCACUGAUGUUUCAUUGCAAAGAUAAAUGAAAAGCAAUUAGCUGGUAUACAUGCGCUACCUGAUUCCUUUUGACAAAAGUGUCAUAUUAACGCAAAGGGAAGGCCUUUCUGUUUUGAGUGGGGUGCUCCUAAUUAAGACAAAACCAUGGAUGUGUGCCCAUACCUUUUUCCUCUUCUGAUACCAAGCACCAAUCAGAUCCAGGUGUGAAUACUCAUUAGGGUUGUUUGGUCUCACUUUGCUAGAGCCAAUUAAAGUACAAAAAAAAAAACCUCUUUAGAAAAUGCAGGCUGUUAUUUUCUUUAAUUUUCUCAUUUAGCAGUUACUUCUGACCUCAAAGUUCAAGGAUAUAUAAAACAAGUAAAGAAGCCAGUUUGGAGAAGAUUACUGACAUUCCUGUGUUUCUCGUGUUUGUAGAAAAACAUUUAAUGUGUAAAGCUGAUGUAAUGGGUGUUUAUACCAGUUUUAAUUACCAGGUCUACUUGUGUUGGAGAAAAGGGGAUCUCUGAGCUGAAUUGAUCAUUUUAAUAACCUUGUAUAAAGGAAUUUUAAAAAGCACAGUUGACGCAGUUUCAACAUCAAACAGCUGCUUUGAUAACUGACCUGAAAUCAGCUCUUCAAGGGUGCUGUUAAACAUCAGAUACUCUUGUCAGUUAUAGUAUGUAGAAAAGGACAGAAAAUACCUGAAUUGUUGCUGGUUUUUACCCAGCACAGAAGACUUUGUAGGUGACCUGCUUUUAGAAGAAAAAAUGGUUUCUGGGCAGUUAAAUUCAUUGAGUGUGAAGUUUAUUUCAAAGUCUAAUUUGUGUGUCUAGUCUACAUCUGUUCCUGCUGAUACCCGAUCCCUCAUUUUAGGCUUCAUUUCAGGCAUUUCUGAUUCUUGAAUCUGUAUGCAAACACCUCUUAGACAGACUUAGACAGGGAAUGACCCUGAUGUCAAAAAAUAAAACGACAUGACUCAAAACGAUGUACCUAGAAUCAGCGCUUUUUGACCACUCCUCUCCUGGCAGUCUUGGCUCCUCACCCUCCUACACCUUCUGUGUCCCACUCUUCUGCUGUUGAUAUCACUUCUGUCUCUUGCAGCCCUCCUUCCCCCCUGGGCAGCCCCCUUCUGUUGUGUUUGCCCCCCCACAGCCUCCACAAAUGAACCCAACACCACAGCCCCGACAGGUAGGCCUUCCCACUGCUCACCCACUCUGCUUCAUUUCGUUACAGCUAUCAGAGUCCGUAGCUCCUUAGUCUUUUAAGCAGUCAACCUCACGGCAGCUCCAUCCCCUUUUGUUACAAGUUAUUGAGUUUGUUUAAAAUUUUCCCUUUUGUGGAAAGAGUUUUCUGACAACAGGAUCCAGACUUCAGGUUUAAGGUGUAAUCUUACUGCAGCCGAUAUCCCUUAGAGAUAUUAAUUGUCCACUUGCGGCUCAUCGUCUGUCUAAAAUCCUCCCAAUGAAAAACAAUCUCCAGGCUUCUGUAUCCCUCUGUGACUUUCUUAGCAUGCCUGCAUGUCUGUUUGCAUACUCCUCCUCACUAGAUCUGCAUCAUUUUUAAUGCUCAGUGGCAGCCUGUCCUUCUUAUUCUACCUCACCCAGUAUCACAGCUAGGCUCACACUGACCCAGUCUGCACUUUACAAACACUCUUUCCUCAAAGGGAUAGUUCACCAAUUUUUGAGGUUCGGUUGUACUAAUCAGUGCUCAUCAUCAGUACUUGGGGACUUAUAAUAGUUAGUGUAUUACCACCUAGCUAGAAACACUAACCGGCCAGUCUAUGCGGCUCUCUUCACACAUGAGCUCCUGAAAUUUUUUAGAUUAUUUCAAGAGCUUCAGUCCCUUGUAAUUUCAAGAAUCGCUCCAUAGCUGGAAGUCUGAUGCUGUGUCAGCACUCUCAUGACAUGUCUUAUUUUAGGUAUUGACCAAAGACUGUAUAUAGAAUGGAUGUAGUCUGCCUCCUUGCUGGAUUCCUUGAGAACAGCACCCUCUGGUGACGGGCUGCAGUAUAGGUCAUAAAUCCCGCCUCCUCCAGCAAUCCCUAUGGAGUUGUGGACAAACUUAGAAAUGAAUUACACAGAAUAUAAAUUUUUCUCACCCCUGGUUGCGAUGUUGACAUGUAGUAACUGUAAGACUGAUUUGUGCUCAAGUCCUCUUUUUUUCUGUGCAGCUCCAUUUUCAAAAGUUAUUAGGGGGUUCAUGUUUACUAUGAUUGACACUUGAUGCAGCCUAUGGGCGUACAAAGAUUGUGUAGCUCACCGGGGAUACGCUGUUUGAGCCGAGUGUCAUCACAGCGACUCUCCUGCCGAAUGCGUACAAUGCUACUGCUCAAGUGUUGGUUCCAGGAAGUGGAGAAAAUUCCAGACAAACCAAGAGCAAUUCAGCUUCAAAUUUGUGUAGUGAUGGAGAACCAAGUUGUCCAUAGUAUAUACAGUCUAUGGUAUUGACCCCAACUCAUACAGACAUUUUAUAUGGGAGCUGGCUGGAAAGGUCCUGUCAGAAUCAGGGUGAAAAAUGUGGACAUUUGCUGUUCAUGCAUGCAGAAAAAAUUACCAGGAAAGUUCCCAGAGUGCAUUGCAUGUUCAGAUAGGCAUAGAGCAGCUGCUGGACACCUCUGCAAAUACUUCUUAUUGAUCUUCCAAAACCUUAUUGUGUUAGUUUUGAAGGAGUUUCAUAUCAUCCAAAUUGAGAGUGUAGCAUAGAUCUUCUGCUUCUUGUCUUUAAUCGUUGUCUUGUCUGCCCCUCCUCCUCCUCUAGUUUGCCCCUGGGCCCAGACCUUUACAUCAACAGGUACUAACAGCACAGUUGACUAACUGAGGGUGUGGGAGGGGGUCAUAUCUAAACAUUUUAAAAGCAGCCUGGAAAUCUGAGGGGUCAGAAAGUGUUCUAAGGCUAAUGGACAACUGAAGUGUGGGCAUUCUAAAUGAGAGAUACACUGUCUUUACCCAGUCGCUAAAAUUGAAUAUCACCAUAUCUGUUUUUUAUAUACCUCUGAAAUUUUAGAAGUUACCUGUUAGUUAUUUACAUAUGAUGUGUUGGAGUUCAAAGUUCACUGUGUUGUUGUGUGAAUUGCUGUUUAAAAUAAGAGUUUGAUGAUGGUUUGGAAGUCUUAAUGGAAUUGAAAUUAGCAUUAAGAACAUGUGAAAAGAUGAAACUGAAAAAUGUUAUUGUUUUGUUACAAAUAUCACUGUAAGUUUGAUGCCAGCAGCACAUUUCAAACGGGUUGGUGCAGAGACAUGUUGAUCAUGUUGCACUUUUUUUAACAACGCUCUGAGGAUACUGAAGAAACCAGCGUCUUUGUCUUUGCAUCAUCUUGGUGGAAUAUGCAUUUAAGGUUGUCCCUGAAAAAAGGCAUUGUUUAUAUCCCAGCAUACAGAGGGUUUUAUCUAAACAUGUCCAUUUUGUUAAGGACCAAUGAAGCCUUCCCAUAUUUGUAAGCUACCUAUGCCAUGUGCAUUUGAAGCUAUAGUGCAUAACUUUUACGUGUCUGUAAAUUUCUGUUUCACCCAAGCCACUACAAGAGGCGAUGAUACAACGCUGAUUAAGCCGUAUAGCUCCUUUAAAACCUUGCAGUAUUUUUUUUUUAUAUUUGGUGUUGAGCUUGUAGUCCAUGUCGCUGUGUGUAACUACCUGUGUGCGCUUUGACGAGUAACUUUGGUAGCCGACACGUUGUGUGGACAGUUACAGUCUGUUUACCGUGACGAGCAGUAUACGGUGAGUCACGAUUGUUACUCUGUGUACAGGUUACUGUCAUUUUGAUCAUUUUAGUAUCAUUGUAAUAACGCAGAUAUCUUCUAUAGCAGUGGUUUUCAAGUCCAGUCCUCGAGGCCCACUGUCCUGCAUGAUUUGGAUGUUUCCCUGCUCCAACACACCUGGUUCAAAUGAUUAGCUCGUUAUUAAGCCAUUACAGAGCUUGAUAAUGAACUUAUCAUUUGAAUCAGGUGUGUUGGAGCAGGGAAACAUCCACAACAUGCAGGACAGUGGGCCUCGAGGACUGGACUUGAGAACCACUGCUCUAGGGGGCAAUAGAAGUUAUGCACUAUAUCUUUAAAUUCUUUAAAUCUGUUAUUGAAAUUAUGUAGCGUUAGCAUUGACUCUUUAACUUUUUGUAACUUGAGACUGAGAAACAAUGUUCUACCAUUGCCCAACUCUUUGCCCACACAGUCUCUCACAGAGUGGUUAACCUCUUCCUCUUUUUUACUUUUGAGAGACUCAACCUCUUUGGAAGUCCUUUUUUUUGCCCAGUCAUGUUCCUAACCUGUUGAGGAUUAAUCUUAUUACUCAGAAAAUGUUCCUCCAGGUGUUUCUUUCAUUGUUACACGACUUCUUUAGUGUGUUGUUGUCCCUGGGUCACCUUUGUUGUAAGGUGCUGCUGGCAUCAAAUUUAAGAUACAAGUGUGUUUUCAAAUCAUGUAUUUUUUUUCAGGCUUAAACCAUUUUCUGUUAAAUAUAGGGUUUAAAUAGUUUUCAAAGAUAAUUGACAUUAAAUAAAGCUUCCAUAAUUUUAUGGAGUUAGCAUUGUGCAAAAGAAAGAAAAAACACCCAGGUCUCCUAGUUAAAAAACAAACAACAUGUGAGUUUAAAAUACUGAUCACCCAAUAAUAGGUUUCCAUUCUUAGUCUUCUUCUAAUUCAAGUGUAACUAGGCCUUGUUUAUUUGGAUUCAGAGUUUUGCCUGUGCAUGCUGCAUGUUAAUUCACUGCUUGGCUCUGAGCAGACAGUUUCUGGGCGCUUUGCACUAACUGAUUGUGGUGCUCUCUUUCUCUCAACCCUCCUCUUUUCACCUCCUCUCGCUUCCAUUUGGUGUUUCUCUGUGUGCGAUCUGUAUUUGUGCUGCUGAAGGGAAGCUUCAGGUCACUACAGGUAACUGAAUUUCUUCUUUCUUCUAGUUUUUCUCUCCUCUUUUUUCCCUCACCCUGUUAAGGAACAUAUUUGUAUGUGUCUUAAUAGCAGGUGGGGUUUUGCUUUGUUGGCCUGGUGUGAUUUUGCUGGACAUGGCGGGUAGCUCCUAGGCCAGCAGCAGAAUGUCAAUGAGGAGACUCUGAAUGAACAAGCAUUAGGCACUUUAUCUCUUCUGGCAGGCAGGGCCAAUAUGUUUCCAGAUGGAGUCUAGCCAUUGAUUGAUGGAUAAACUAUGAAGCUAGCUUCAAGGUGGGAUAACCUAGCUCCACUUGGUCCUGGAGAUAAAAUGAAACUAGAGUAUGGGGGAUGUUUUUUUUUUCUCUCUCAUUUACAAAAGGUAACUAACAGUUCUUAUUUUCACCCUUGUGCUGUACCCCUAUUUCCAUCCCUGUUUGUCCUCACUUCCCUUUCUUUGCAACCACCCUACUUCUCUUCAUUCCCCUCAUCCUCCACUUUGGUUUCCUCCCCUGCCCUCCACAGCCCUAUUACACCAACAGGGCCAGCCUGCCUCCCACCAGUGGGCCUCGGGGCGUCCCUCCCAGCAGUGGCCCUCGGCCCGUGACACCCACCCAUGUCUACCAGCCAGGCCCUGGCUCCCAAAUGAUGGUGAUCCCUGGGCGACAACUGCCCUUCCCUAGCUCACCACAAGGACCCGCCUACUUCAUUUCUGGACAGGUAGGGCGAGGUCAUGCCAGCCAAAAUGAUUGAUUCAGGGUGCACAUAAAGUUAGGGUAUAAAGAUAAGGUUGAGGUAUCAAGAACAUCUCUGUCAAAGAUAAAGAUAUCUGGUGGGGCAUGUGCGCCUGCUUCAACGGGCACGCCACAUCUGGUUGUGAGAGUAGAGCGGCUGAAAUGUACUUUUUAUCAACCCCAGAUGAAAUACAGAGCGAUUGAAGUGAGAUCUUAGUCAUAUCUUUCCUGUAUUGAUGCUGUUCCUAAUGCUCAGGUGUCGGCAUAUUUUAAGAUAAUGCUGUAUUAUGAUUUGAUUUUACAAUUGAAUACAGCUUUUAGAUGCUUUUUAGCACCAGACCAUGAGAAUAAGUGAAAUCAUAUAUAAAGCCUGUUGAAUCAUUUGUUUCAGACUGGAUAUUGGGAAUGUUUUGAUCUUGAUCUCAAAAGCCAAUCUGGGCGUUUUUCUUAACCAAUCAGGGAUUGGUAAUUUGAGCUGAUCAUUUUAGCUUGAUCAUUCAUGCAAGCUGCUAUAAACUGAGCACACUGGGUUUAGGUUCUACCGAUAAAAAGAAUAGACAUGUAGGAGUCUGUUAAUUUGUAGUAAAACACAUUUAAGAGUGAGGUUAAUAUCUCUGACUGACCUAGUGUAUGUCUAGUUUUGCCUUUUUUUAUCUUACACACAAACUUCAGUGGUCAAAAUACAGAGAUCAGUUGUGCAGUCCAUCAUCAAUGAGGUAAUUUAAAAAGCUGACAUUUGACUAGUUAUUUUCAUUCAGCUCAUAAAAAGUAGGGGUAGGAGAAAAAAUCAAUACAGCAUAGUAUUGUGAUAUUUUGUCUGGUGAUUAAUCGUAUCGUCUUAUUUACCAAGUAUUGAUUUUUCAAUCGAAAAUUGGAAAAAUAAAAUCAACUGUUUGUACAUUGAGGUUGGCAGAGGUGACAUCAUAGAACAGGAGAAAGUAAAUACAACAUGUAUAUCUAAGAUUUACAAGAUGUGCUUCAUGAAAAUAAAAUACAGCGUAAAUAAGACAAACAAAGGAAAGACAAAAGCGAAAUUAGUUUAACAGUUGAAAAAACUGUAUAAAUCGCAAUAUAUUGUAUCGCAAUACUCACUGUAUUGCAAAACGUUAAAAAUCGCAAUUAUAUCGUAUCAUGGCCCAAGUAUCGUGAUAACAGCGUAUCGUGGGGCCACUGGUGAUUUCCACCCCAAAUAAAAAGGCCCUAAGGAGAUGAACAGUUUAUAACAGCAACUUUUUAUUCUGUAUUUGCUUCUGUUUCAGCUACUCAAGUCAGUGCAGAAAAAAAGUCAUUGUGUUGUUUAUCCCUCUUUGUUUUUCCUCCUCUGUUUCAUUAGUAUCCGUCUCCAACAUAUGUGCCCACACCCCAGCAGUAUCCAGUCCCCACAGGAACUCCAGGCUUCUUCCCCGGCACCAGCGCUGAAUAUGGUACUUAUGGUAAGAGGCUCUACCUGGGGCCUCACCUGACACACAUACACAAGACACACAAUAGCACACAUACACAAAGGGAGACAUGACAUGAGAGAAGCAAAUCACAAGUAUAAAAGAAUGGUAAUAGGAAAUGUAAAAACAAACUGAGAUCAUGCACCGAAUGGAGGAGAUAGAAAAUGGGUUCUUCUUAGAUUUGAAAAGAGAGAGACAGACUGGAAAAAAAAACAUCUAAAAAUUCUCAACAAAUGUUUUUUUUUUCACUUAACCUUGUGAUUUGCACCCAAGUGAAGGUUUGCAGACAACUUCUGCUUUAAAAAGGAGACACUGAAGGAUGACAGUGACUGAGAGCACAUUGGCUGUCUGAGAAACUUAUUGAAGGCACAGGGAGAAAACCUUUAUUCAAUCAUGUUUUUUCAGUGAGGGUCCAUGUGAAUAUGAUGGGAAGGUGCUGCUUUGAGUUUUGUAGAGAGCAUUUAGAAGUUAUUAUGUUUUUGAUUCACUCUUGGCCAUCAAAGAUUAAACAGGAAUAAUGUGCGUGACAGUGUUUGGGUUAAGCAGCAUUUUCAAAUAUGACACACUCAGUGGACACGGUUUUCACAGAGCACAGACAGUUUUCUGUACUAAAUGGGCUAGCAGAACAUAAAAUCUGCAACAGUCAUAAUACGUAGAAGAGACUACUCGUUGAAUCAAAUCUUUAAAGGCUGUUCUGAGAUCGUCUUUUCACCCUGAUCUCUACUUUUUAUCAAUUUUUAACAGUCAUGUUCACUAUUAAACAGGACACAAUACUGGACAACUAAAUUUGAGAAAAAAAAUAUUAUUGAAAAUAAAGAAAUAAAACAAUAUGACCAAGAUAGGAUCAGAUCGACUUAAAUUACGCAUCAGAUAAGACAGUGAUGGUGGCAUGAUGUGUUUCAGGUCAUUUGACUGACAUUGCUCAUCCUACGAUAUGACUGUUUCAUAUGUAUACAUUUCCAUUACUAUGGUCAAACAGUACAUGGUUUAAUCCCUCUUUUUAAACUUAUUCAUAAGCUUUUGUUAGAAGCUUACUGUUUUUUAUUUUAAUCUUUAUCAUUUUAAUGUUUAUAGGAAAACACCCACCUAAAUCUUAUAGACUGUAGGCUGUUGAUAUGGAUCCAGUAGUCAUAUUUAAACACUUCUAGUUGCUCUGAAAUAACUGGUAGAUGAUUUGUGUAGGGUUUACAUGCUGGAUAAUGCAACCUAAGACGAAUGGGCAUUAAUCACACACACACAACUCAAGCAUAUGAGAAAAACCAGCUGGGAUGAUUUGGUAUAAGUGAUAUGGAGACAUCAUGGAGGGUUUUUGUCACUGUUGAAGUCAGGAACUUACCAUCAGAGAUUGAUUUAGUAAAAUUUGGUUUUGUAAAACUUAAUUUAAGAAUGUUAGAAAUAAAAAAGUAUUAUCAGUCAGCAUCGAAUGUAGUUUUCAUGGGUCAUACACACACAAACCUCCUUACUGCCGCUGCUCAGCUGAUCCCAUGUGUUGUCACUCCCUCUAGAGGUGGCCGAGGCUCAUUACACAAAGAGACGCUAGGAUGCCCUGAAAACAAACUUGAUGACCCCCCACUAGCAGGCAUCUGAACUAUGUGUUGUCUUUGUUUAAACUGUAGCUCAUCAGCAAUAGAAUGCACUGGCCUGAAUACAGCACUGUAAAAACACAAUUCUUUCCCAUUAGGCUUUCCAUGUCAUGCCCUGUGCGCAUCAGUGUAUGUGCACUGCACUAUGUGCAGGUCAACUUUAAACAGUCCCUAAAUAGGGACACCAGUCUGUGGGUGUGCUAGAAAAAUAAAAACUGAAAAAUAAAUGGUAAGAAACUGAUUUUAAUUCCUUAGUUCUUACGAAAAAAAAAGUUUGCUUGUAUAUUUCAACCUCUCUGGGUUUUUCGCAGAACAUAUAUGUGUUAAUUCAGUUACAUGUCAAUUACAGCAGACAAAUCUUAUUUGAUUCUUUUUUCUAUUUUUUUGCCAUUAAUAAAAAACAGUGUAGAUUAUAUGCUCUGUGAUUCAGUGUUUAAAACAGUUUGAAUUGAGACCAAAUUGGCUCAUAAAGCUGCAAAAAGUUGUUAUUUUGUCAGGAAUUGUGUGCUUUGCUCAGUAGUGAUCAAACCUGGCAUUUGAAGCUGUAAACUCCUGGUACUUUGUAUUUGAGCAUCCCCCUGUUUUUUUUUUAUUAUUAAAUGAUGUGCUCCUUGAGUCUUAAUGGACCUUAAUUUAAUUUCCUUAUCUCUUUUAAGUUUAUUUGCCUUUUUUAAGACUGUUUAUGCCUCAGACACAGUACGACAGUAAAUCAAGAAGGAAACUGGGAAGAGUGUAUGGAAAAUGUUGUGCUGUGAAAGGCUGAGGAUCAGAAUGGAACCCAUGCCUCUAAACUUGGGAUGCAGGAUUUAACUGCGAUGCCAAAUCAGCGAAAGCGUCCCUUUUUCCUUUAGUAUGAUGAUAAAACUUGUAGAAACUUUUGCAUUUUUCAGCUUUUUCUAGAAAAAAACAUUUCUGUUAUAUCAGGAUUUUUCUGAAAUCGCUUAGUAAAAAAUGUUAAAGGUUAAACUCUCUUUUAGUGUUUGAACUGUACUCCACCUUGUUUUUGUUAGUUUUGUAAGUUUUGGAGGCACAAAGGUUUUUUAUUUUUUUUUAUUUUGCCUCACCUGCAUCAGGUAUCUAAGCUUGUAAAAUGUACACAAGAAUCUUGGUAGAAACUUAGUUAAAAGAAAAGUCAUUGCUGGGUUUCCAACCCUAUAGUCAUCCCCUGUUCUCAGUAUGAAGGUGACCCUUGAUUUUCCAUAAUUUCUUAGUAUUGUGGUCCUAAAAUGGUCAACAUAGGGUACACAAUCCUGGGUCUAAUAGGAAUGAUCAUGUGUAUCUCUUCCCACAGCAGAACUGGACAAGAAAUGUUGUUUUUAGCCGUCAUACGGGAUGAUAUUUAACAAUGAAGGUCUGUUUUCAUGUAAACUCCGGUUGUAAGUAUAUAAAGGUCACUGCUUUCCUGAGUGUCAGGUAUCCUGAGUAACAUGAGGGAUAUCGACAGACACAGCUCGGACACAUGAUACAUUUUCAACGUGGCUGUAGCAGUUGAAGUAGUGAGGAAAAUCCCCCCCUUAAAAGCUCCUUGAUUGUCUCAAAGUGCUUGUCAAGAACUGUCUGUAGCAAAGCUAGCCGAAAGUCUGUGGCAGCAAAAGAAGCUGCAGCAAGACUCAUUUGUUCUAGCAUCCCAGAUCGAGGUAGCAGUCAAGCUGGAACAGUGUCUGCACUGUCUCAUACAGCACCAGCCUGAUAACAGCUGCUUUGAUUCAGCUGAUAUUAGCAGCAUCAUGUCCAUUAGAAGCAUAAAUCAGAUAUAGUGUUCCCUCUAAACACUUACUGCUCAAAUGUAUAACCCCUGAGAUAGUUCCCUGCUUUUCCCUUUUACAGUAGCUUAUCAGAAGACUGUGCAUGUGCCUGUAAUAUCUCUGUAAUGUUUACUAGAGUGACUAUGGCGGGCUUAGUGUUAAUUCAGGGGAUCUCUGUUUCUAUUGCUAUAAGAGAGCUGGGUUGCUAUUUAUGUCAGAUAUUUGUAUGACCACACAGGACAUAAUGUCCCAUGUGUUUGUGCUGAAGGGUGUGUGUUACAUUGGUCAUCCUGCAUGUCACAUGGCACAUGACCCUAAAUAACUGAUCAUGUGACUGUGAGACAACAAGGCCCCCCUAAACUUUACUCUCUCUUUACUGCCUGAUGCGAUAAAUCAGCUUUAGAGUUUGGUGAUGAGAGUUUCAAGUUGCAGAACUGUCUCAUGGGCUCCAAGACAAAAUCUUUAAUACCCAUCUUUAAGUCCUGGUCACUGCAUAGUAACAAUCCUAGAAUAUCAGUCUGACCCCCCCACCCCUGUGGUCUUCCAUGACAUGGUGCAGGCUCUCUGACCACUGAGUCCUUUUCUAGCAGUCAGGUAAAGACACAUACACAGUGGUGAUGAAAUAUGGUGUCUAUUUUUAAGACCCCCCACCCCCAGGCUUAGGGAUUUGCCUAACCCAUCCCUCAUACAGCCCGCCCAUUUUGUAGUAGUUGGCUGCAGGGGCAUUAUGUAAGCCAAAACUCUGAGGGUGGACCCCAACUAAAGCAGAGACCACAGGGGUCCUCCUCAAGUAAGAAAAUAAAACGAAGGAAAACUGAUGCAGUUGUGAUACUUAAAAUACUCCAGAACUCUUAAUUGCCAAUCUCGAUUAAAUACAUGAUUUUGAUUGGUCCAAAUCUGUGACAUCUUUGGUCCGUGUAAGCCCAUUCGAGUUCAUUAAUGCAGAGACUUGAAUGACAGUCCCUCUCAAUAAAAGCUUUUUACUCGUAAACCAAACACUACCUUGACUUUUUGACCAAAUCAUAAACUUUAAACAGCCAUGCCAGACAUCUUUUAGGCCGUGUUACAGAAACAUCUAAAGUAGUCUGUUCCACGAAAGAGGAGUGUUUGGGACUGUAGCAGGAACAACCUUGAACAUGUGCUUCAAGCCAGAAAGAAAUAUUGUUAAGUGCUCUUUGCAGGUCAGAAAAAUGAGCAGAAAUGAAUAAAUGUAGGUUGUAUGUGCAGUUGCUCGGUUUUGUUUGAACAAAAAUAUCAUUCAGAUGUUUUAGAAUGACCCCCAAACCUUCCAGAAAGCAACACCCUAAAACUGCAUUCCUGUGUCGUCAUCUUAACUCAAGGAGUGUGAUUGGGUCAGUAUACCUGACACCGAGAAAAACGUUCAGAAUGAAUGCGGUUCAAGACCCACAUGCCAGCAAAGAUGAAUAUGAGCUGCCUGAUGGGUCUGGCAAUGCCAGGCUAGGUUAGACCAAGACUUUUGAGUUCAUUUGCAUAAGGGGGUGCAUUGACAGCAUGAAGUUGUGGUUUGCUAGGAGGCUCAAGGUUAGUUUCUGCUCCACCUGUUGGAAUUCGCCCUCCACGUUAAAAGUGAUGUUGAGUCACAAUUUCCUCUACAGUAGAGAUGCGUAGAAGCAGCUAAUUUCCUUAUAAUGUAAAUGGAAAAUUCAAUUCCUAAAGGUCAGAGAACAUUCAAAGUAUAACAUGUGAUCGGUCACCAUUAUGUGCUUGUUUACAUCCAUCAUUGAGGAAUUUUGGCCGGUGGCUCUGCUGUAGCUUCAGCACAAUGUGAUUAGCAUGUCAGCCUACAAUGAUCAAAGUAUUGAUUAUUACCCUAAAACAUCUUUUCAGAAACCAAUACAUUUCACUGAGACUAGAUCAAUGUUUUUUUUUACAAUCUCUGUUGUGGAUCUAAUCAGUGAAGCAAAAUAUUGUUAAACCGUGAACGUAUCCUGGAACUUUUUCUGGAACAAUUUGUGUACAUGGUGUGUGAUAGAUUUGAAGGGAGUCUUUAUCAGGUUAAAAGAUUUUAAAUGAGUUUUUUGUGGAAAAAUAGUGAAUUGAUAAAAAAUACCAGAAUUACAGUAGACUUUUUCUAAUUCUAAGUAUAUGAAGUGUUUUAACAGACCUGAAAACACAGGCUAAGGUUAGUAAAUGCAAAGAGAGGUGAUUUCCUUGUCUGCCAAAUUAACUUCUUAUUUGUUGCUCUGAUUCGACAAAGAAAAGAAAACAUUAGAAAUUUCAAAAGUGUUCCUGAGCAGUGCCUUUCCACACAUUGUUAUUGGUUGUUUUUUAAUUUGAAGAGCCACUUUUGAGAAGAAAAACAAAUGUCAGAACAUGUUUAAUGUUCCUGAUAUCAAACCUCUGUCAGGUAUGACUACCUUGGAUGGGUGUCACACCUCUCAUAGUUUUCACCGUCUAUACAAGAAUACGGAGAGUGGGGAGAUUUUAAAGCAAAUCUGAGACACUCUGAAUGAGAACUGAAUAACUUUGCAUGCCUGCCAAUCCUCAGCAGAGGGGAAAAGGGAGGGAGGGGAGGAAGGUGAAAAAAAGGGAAAGCCAGAGAGGAAUCAGGAAGGUCAAAGGGAGGAGCGAAACAGAGACACGCUGGAAGAGGGAGGGCUGAGCAUUAAAAGAAGUCAUUCUGAGAGGGCACCUGUAGAGAGGGCAGGAAGAAGUUAGAGAGGGGGUUUGAAGAGACCCCCUCUCCUUUUUUCUGUACAUACGAAGUUUUGCAUUCAGCAGAUUUUCAGCAUGGGGAACCGAGGGUCUCAAGAGCAGCAGGACUCUGAGGGUAGGUCUUUGCACUACCUUCCCUCUCAUUCCUUUUUUUCCCCUAUCUCCUGCACUUUAGUGAGUCUGAUCUGAAGCCUGUUUUUUAAGUAUUACAACCCUAUCCAUGAGAAGUCUCAUCCUUCAUUCUGGGUGUCUGGUUUUGUGCUUGCUCCUUCUCUCCCUGUCUGUCUUCCCUCCCUUUCUCUCUCUUGUACUCUCUUCCCCCAGCCCGUGUGGGGUUUUGACUAUAUUUAGGCUGUGCUGCUCCUGGUCAACAAUGCAGACUCAGUAAUGUGAGUUAGACUGAAAUGCAUGCAGAGAGGGGGAGCGAGGCAGAGCAGGAGCUCGCUAACCACUGAGCUGAAGAGAGGCCUCUUCAAUCUGGGGAUUUUUUCUUUUUGGCCCCAGUCCUGUAAAAGUGGGCAACAACUGGUUCUGAACUGUUGCUGAGGCCAUUUACAAGGCCAGGUAAUAUCCCUGGAUGGCUGGAUGCUUUGUUGACAGUAUUGACCGGGUGGGCUGAUAGAUGGUCUUUGGACUUGUGGUAACUUUUUACUCUGUCAGGCUGGCAGCAGUUUUUUAAUGCAUGUUUGACGUUUUUUUUUUUAGCUUUAACACCAGAAAAUCUGGGCAGGACUGUGCAGACAGACAGACUGCUGUGUCAUGGUGAAGGCCUACCUGUAGGGCCUCUCAGGUGCCAUGUCCACUUCUGGUAACUUUCACUGAAAUACAGCAUGGGGGUGGUUAGGGAUUUUGAAGUGGUGAAUUCAGUUUUGAGGCAGUGGUGUCUUCUAAAGUUGCCAUUUUUAGAGAGUACUGAACUGCAGCUACAAGAGAAGAGCGUGGAGGAAAGGAAGCAAAUGAAGUUUGUGGUAUUUAUGGAAAUUGUUUAAUCACAGUCACCUGAUGCUUGAUGUCAGUCAUCUGUUGCUUGGAUUUCACCGAGGCAUGUGAUGCUAAAUCACUUGAGUGAAUCGGUGAUCAACUCAUAAAUCAGUUCUCCAACAAAGCUAAUCCGCAUCUCUCUCGAUAAGAGAUUGACAAUGCGUAUUAAUCAGGCAGAAAUACCAAAAGGUUGCUGGCAAGUGAAAAAUUAAUACUUUUCUGUCAUAUUACUGUAAACUCAGAAACAUUAUCAUUGAAGACCCUGUGAGUAGCUUUUGACUGAUCAUAAAACAGAUCAACAUUAACCUCUAUUUUGGCCUAUGAAAGCAAACAAGAUCAUCUUUGACAAGAUAAAUGUUUCGAUGCUGCUAUUUUUGAUGCCUGUAUCCACUGUGAGCGGGUAGAUGUCAGACAAGAUGAAACAGCUUCAUUAAAAUUUUUCUAAUGCAAGGAUUCACACUGAGUGAUUGAUUUUACUGUGAAAAAGACAGCAAGAUGAGGAUCUUGAAUACAGAUACUGGGCAAAGUCAGCAAGGAUUUUAGUAACAUCACUUUGUCCAGAGGGGGCGCCAAAAGGGAUGCCAGGGGUUGAAGCUCUGGAGUAGGGGUGUCCCAAUACAACUUUUUUUUACUUCCAAUACUUAAACGAUGUUCUAGCCUUCACUAAUGGCCAAUACCGAUAUUGAUCCGAUGUUAGCACAAACUUGUGCGUGACAAGUUUUGCAUUUAGCUGUGAUAUUGCAACACAGCUGACUAGGGGUGGGAGAAAAAAUCGAUACAGCAUAGUAUCGCAAUAUUUUAUCUGGUGAUAUAUUGUAUUGUCUCAUUAACCAAGUAUCGUUUUUUUUCAAAUUAAUUGUUAAUGUGAAGUCAAAUCUAUGAUAAUGAAAAAAUAAAAUCAACUGUCCAGUGAUGUUGGCAGAGGUGACAUCAUAGAGCAGGAGAAAGUUAGUGCAACUAAUGUAUACAUAAGGUUUACAAGAUGUGCUUCAUGAAAAUAAAACACUGUGUGAGACAAACAUAAAGCAAAGACAAAUGCCAAAUUAGCUUAACAGUUGAAAAAUUGUAUAAAUCACAAUAUAAUGUAUCGCAAAACUCACUAUAUUGCAAAAUGUAAAAAGAUUUCAAUAACAUCAUACCGUGACUCAAGUGUCAUGAUAAUAUUGCAUCGUGGUGUCACUGGUGAUUCCCAACCCUACACCUGACAUCGCUACGACUCCUUGCUACUUAGCAGGUACUUUAGUUCACACUGUUGUUGUGAUUACAGGAGCUCUGCAUGCUGGAUCUGGGUCUUAGAUAGAGGUACUGAAGCAGAUUCUGGACUGGACUGCUUGUAUUGGAGUGCUGAUGUCAAAGAUUUUUAGAUGCAGGCUGAUAUACUCCAAUGUUCAUUUUUUUUGCUGAUAUCAGACUGAUAUCCAAUAUCCAUAUUUGACCGAACACUCCUACUCUGGAUUGUUGAUUUCAAAAGGUCAAAAUGGGCUGAGAGAGAGAGAUUUGACCUGGCACUCCUUAGACUUUGUAUUGAUCCCCAUACUUGUACUAAAAAUGUCUGGGACACUAGAGCGCACACUCAGACACAAUUAAUUUUGUAAUCUAGGAGUUGAAGUUUACGUAAGUUCAAAAUAGUGCGUUGUUCUUGAGUAAGCGGGAAGAAGACUCGCUUUAAAAAACUGCAAUCACCUCAGUAAAGACAUCACAACUUUCACACCAGCUGUCACAAUAAAGUCAUCAAGAAAUCAAACCUUCACAUUUAGAUUUUUUAACUAUCCAAGAAUUAUUGAGAUAAGUUGUUGUGUAAACACAAGCUGUGUGUUUUAAUGUGUGUGUAAUGCCCUGUAUGUCUGCACGGCAGCCUGAUGUGUUUGUGUCAAGCAAUAGAAAUCUGAUCAAUCAGUAUGUGUGAGUAUACAUUCUUCUCUCUCUGAUCCACAGCUGGGGCCUACUACCCCACCCAGCCUCAGUUCACCCCGCCAGUGCAGGCGGCACCUGUAAUUAUGAACCCUGCCCCUCAACAGCAGCAACCUCCACCUCAGCCUCCCCAACACAUCCCCACCAAACGGGAACGCAAGCAGGUACGGUCAACACAGUGCUACACAAAACUCCUUACACCUUUAAAACUGCUCAGCUCAGGGUUUCCACAUUACAUUCUUCAGACUCAAGUUUCCUCAUUACACUUAAUACGAACAUUUCAAAAGAAAUAUGUGUUGAAAAUUGAGAAUAAAAUACAAAAAUAUAAGAAAGAGAUUACCAUUGAUUCAAAAGAGCCGUUUACCUAUCAGUGCAUCAGUAGGAGAGAUGUACCGAGGGCCCUCUCCUUCACCUGCAAAACCUGAGUCUGGGUCCUGCAAAUGCUUGGACAGAGAGUAACAACAGAUUGUCCAAAUCAUUGACACCAGAUGACGAUCUGAAAAGGAUAAAAGAAAAAUGUAAAUCUGGUUUUCAGUUAUGCUUGGCGGCCAAAAAUUCAGGCUACUUGGGAAGCUCGUCUCUGCGGCAAACAUCGCAUUACAUCAGCAUAUGUUUCUCACCCAGAACAACCAAUCCAGUCUCCUCUUUUAUUUUCAUGCUUUUAAAACAAUCCUGGGAAGUUACUUACCGUUAGUCACACCUCACAUUAUUAAUGUUUUUGUCCUGGCUUCUGUUUAAGUAUGCUAUGCCACAGCCUUCCCUUAAACAGGUGUGAAAUGUCUCUUAACUGCUGAGCCUCUGUAGUGAGCUCCCCUCAUGCUACAGCAGUAAAUGUGCUGGUGCUGCUGACACUUUAAGGGCACUUUGUUUCUGUUUUCUCAGAUCUGUCUUAAGGAUUAGUCCUACUGAUCUUUGUCACCAACAGCCAGUUGAGCUGCCUGGCUAAUACCAAUUACCAAAAUAGUCUUUUUUCAAUUUUGACCCCAUUUAAAUACAUCGCACUUCUAUUUUUUAUUGUUCAGGAAAUUUUAGCACCAAACAGCUCCAGUGUAAAAAAAUACGAUAGCCAUCUUGAAGUUUUACCCUGAAUACAUAGAUACUUGGCUUUGGAUCAUGUUGGGACAAACAUGACAGACUUUGACUUCAAAGUCAUCCUAUUUUUGUGAAUUUGAUUCUUUAUUAGAAUUAUAUCUAAUUAGAUGAGUCUAGGCAUGCACCUUAGGCUGGGAGAUAAAUCCAAUCUCAAUUUCAAAUUUGAUUUUAGCUCCUAACAAUCACAGUAUUCUUGCUGUAUGAAUCCUGUUAAAUGGACAGGAAUGCUUUGGUAAAGAAUAAAGGUAAACUUAUUCAGUUUGAAAGUUUUUGCUGAAAUAUGUUCAUUUAUUUUUGUUUUUCCUUCCGUUACAGAUCUCUAAAUUUUAAAAUAUGAUGCAGAUAUCUUACAUAAGUAAUCAGGUUACUUGAUCUGGUCAUUUUGCAUGUCACUUUUUGCCUGUCGAUAAUAUUAAAUCAACAGUAAGGCUUCACAUUGAAUUUCAGGUGUAUUACCAUGACAUCAGCAUUCACAGUAAACAUAUCAGUGAGGACAAUGAGUUUGCAGACUAUAUAUUCUCUCUACUGUGCAAACUAGUGUCUCAAUAAUCACAGCAUUUAUAAACCGCCUCCAGCUGCGUGACAGAGCUCAACUCUUGAUCAAUAAAAGGUCAAUAAACUGUGUGACCUGAUGGCUGUGUAAAUGCUCUACCUUUGCUAGAAAGUAAAUGUUUUGAAUUAGCCAUUCCACAUUAACACUCAACAACCCAAAGUGACAACGGAAAAAUGAAAAAUGAUAUUUCAUGGAUUUAAGUGAAAUUGUAGUUUUGCAACCCAUCUGAAGAUGAGUCCAGAGUCUUUCUAGAUCCAGGACAUGGAGUUCAGUUUACCCACUGAAACAGAUAGUGCUGAACUUGACCUUAACUUUCUGUCAGGCUAAAUUGCUGUGUGACAUAUUCCCCCAGUUCCACAGUAUGUCUAGUGUUUCCUCCGCUCUGUAAGAUGGCCCUCGCCUGGUAUGUGGUAGCUCCCUGUGAACCGAAGCCCCAGUUUGUGCCUCCCACUCAUGUUAUCAGUGUUUCUACAUCCCAAACUUGUCCGAUGCAGGAAAUAUUCGACUCUUCUCUCUUGUUAGAGGACACUAUUCUGCAGCUGAAUUAUUUUUUAUGCUUCUCCACAAUAAUGUUGUUUUUUAAUCCCUUGUAUUAAUUUCUUCCCCUUUUAUAUUUUCUACCCUGGUGCUUCAGCUCACACACAAUAUUUUACUGAUGUUUCAGGCCUGGGAUGAUAAAAAUAUUGAUGACUCAUUGAACUGACGGGUGAUUCUGGUGUCAACCUGUGAGAUUGACAGCAUGAAAUAGUUUAGCCCACUUAACAUGCACAUAGCUGUUCAGUUCAGUCUAAUAAAAAUGAUUCAUAGGUAACAAAAGGGUAAUCAUAACAAAGAAUAGGUAUUCAUAAAUGUUUGUUAUCGGUAUAAAGUGAAAUUGUUGACUGAUAUCAGCUUUUUAAUGGCGGAAACUGAUGCUGCAGAUUAGAGAACAGAUCAGCUGAUAUAUAACACAAACAUCAUAAAGUUGUUUUUUUUUAUUUCAUCAAAAAAGAACAAUUUAAACGUAACAAUACCUAUUAUUUCAUGCACAUCACAGUCUAAUAGACAUAAUUUCCUUAACUAGAAAAGCUUGAGAUAAGUUUCGGAUGAAACUAUGAAAAAAAUUUAUAUAUAUGGCUAUGCUCUAGAUAAAUGAACAUGACAUUUUUAUUUCUGAGGCAAUAUUAGACUUCGUUAUUGAAUACAUGAUAGCAGAGUACAUUUUAACUCUUGCCAGUAGUGGUUGGAUUUGUUCCAUUUUUCAGGAUGGAAAGAUUUGUCAUCAUAUUAGAGGAUGUGACAAUUGCUUGACAGCAGCCAACACUGUCUGUUGUGACUACAAACAUCAGAUGUUUGUUUUUUGUUUUUCAAAAUUGGUCUCAUAAGCUCAGAUAUCAGCCGAUGUGGAUGGCUUCAGUACCAUGGUGAUCAGCCCAGUUAAUUUCAUCUGUUGUUUUUGUUGAGAGUUGGCUUCUGGGUUAUUUUUAAGCAAAUAUGUGACGUCUGUUGCAUCAUGACACAUUUUUUCCAAAUGUUGUUUUCCUUAAAAAAAUUCUGAUAAUCUCUACCAAAUAAAUUUCCCAAUGAAAUCCAGUGUUGGAUUUCAAAAACUGGGCUAACACGUAUGCCCUGCUUGUGUGGGCUGAGGUCAACUUUUGUCCUUGUUUACUGAACCCUUUUGACACUUGAGUCACGUCUUUAUCUGAUGAAACUCUCCAAAUCAAGUCUUUGCUUUGUUUGUGGGAGGAAAACAAUGUUGUGCCAUCAUCAGAUAGAUAGACCGAUAGAUAUACUUUACUGAUCCAAAACUGGGAAAUUCAUCAUCCAUCAUUUCUUGAUUGAUUCCUGGAUCUUUGAAAGCUCAGCAAAGUGUCAACCUCUGAAACUUUUCCCAAGUCAAAACUGUGACUCCUGUACUUUAGCUGCAAUGGUUGCAUGAUGUUCGGUACCUCUCAGUGGGGGAACUUGGCAGCUUAUCAGCAGCUGUAGUUACCUUGGGUGGACUUUGGCUCAUUCCCAUGGGCACUUGCUGCUGCUGUAACACUGGCUUUAAGACUCUGAGCAUGCUCACUGUCUCUGUCACAUACAUGUGCACUAAAUGUCAAACUUCUGCUGUAACUGUAAAUAAAAGACAGAAACUGAACAAAAAAUCAGCUCAUGCCUCAUAAAGUGAUUGAUUUCAGCUCUUUAGCUGCCAGACUGAAGGGAAGGACAUUUGUGUGUGAUAAGGACAAAUCACAGUCUUGCAUUCUUGAGUUUUGGUGGUGGAGAUUUGGUGUCUUGUAACGUGUUUACAAGACACAAGGCGCUAGUGUGCACAACCUGUAACCUUAAAUUUGUGGCACUGUAUCCAGAGAACCACGAGGCUCUUGCUCAGAGCUCUAUUUCCAUAUGUAGCAGCAUGAAAGUUUAGUGUCGUAACUUUUUGGAUUCAAAAAUGAAACUGAAACUUUUUCCUGCUCUGUAUUGAAGUAUUUUUGGAAGCCCCCAGUUUCUAGUUCUACUCCCUGGACUAUCUGGUGACCUGCAAAAGCUGUAGCUUUGCAAAUUGCCUUUUUCUCUACUUUCCUUUUCCUUGCUCUUCCUCUCAGAGAAAACUACAGGGGAGGGGAAAGGGGGGCGAAGGACAUGUCAGCACAUAGUUCAGCUCCACGUGGCCACUGGUCUCCUCCCCCUUCUGAGCCGGAAGGGCUGACCAACCAGCCUUCCUCUGCCGCUGUGGCAGCCCCUUCACCCUCCUCCUCCUCCUCCUCCUCGUCCUCCUCCCUGAGCUAGUUUCUUUUCCUCAGAAGGGGUGAGCCUUUUAGAAAAAAAUCAGAGGAGCAACUUGAGUGUGUGAGAUGACAGAGCAGACACAGGAACUGAGGAAGAGGGGGAGUUUCUUCUGCUAGCUGCUGCUCAUUUGAUAACAAAACUUUUUUUUUCCUGUAAACCCUCCCACCCUGCCCCCCUUAGCCUGCCCCUCCGGCCCCUUUAACUGUCUGUUAGUCUCUGUGGGCGGGCUCGUGCAUUCCAAUACCAUAGCUUUACAAGGCCAGUCGCUUUAGCCUUUUUUUCCCUUACCCUGUUCUGUUCAGCGAAUGAGAAAGAGUCAAGUUGCUAGCUAGCUUGACAGCCAGGCCCAGCCCUGCUCUGUCCUCUUCUGCCGGUGUGCUGCUCUCCUGACACAGCCUGGAUGUGUGUGAGUCAGGUCAGAGUGAAACUAAACUGGCUGCAUCUACCAGCGACCCUGCUCUGAAGGGGUUUCAAGCCCAGCCCAGAGUCCGCUGGAACUGCAACUCCAGCCCCAGGAUGAGAGAGGCCUGCUAGGGUAUGUAAUGGCCCCAGAGGGGAGUCGUUGACGGACUGGACCAGGUAAAGGUCAGUAGCAACAAGCAAAUAUUGUUGCUCCUCAUGUCAAAAGUAGGGCAGACAGACAGCAGCAGUUUUUGAGUAGCUCGCAGCUGAAACAGAAAACUGUGUACGUGUGGGACUUGGUUCAGCUGCAGUUUGACUCAUGCCAGGUUCUGACAGCUCUGACUUAGCAGAGUAAGUAUGUAGAGUGUGAGUGAGAGAAAAAGGGAGUCGAAUAAAAAGCAUGUGUUAGUAACCCAUGGGCACUCCUUGUGAGUGUCUGAUCAGACUUUUUUUAACCCAGCUUUUUCCCUUUACUGUUGUGCUUUGCCUUCAUGACUCAGGAAUUUCCACAACAACUUAAACCAGCAGUGGAAUUUGUUCAACAAUUUGGCUUUAAGUCGGUCAACUCGAUCCUCGCUCUAACAGCCUUUUCUGGUGCCUAACAGGCUAAAACACAUUCAGUUGUGCAGCGGAGGAAUUUGCUUUGCGGUUAGUGUUUGGAUUUGGUGCGCCUCAGUGUUCACAAUGUGAGAAAUGGAGCUUUCAUUGAAUCAGAGGCAGCUAGCGAGUCAUAAAUGCAGAAAAAGGGCUGAUGACUGUACAACAGCAAUGCAUCACGGGAUGGCAAAGCGCUGUCCUUACCCUAAAACAUUUUAACCCCUCGCUUUUCUCAUGUUCUUUUUAGCAAGGAAGCUGACAUUUUUCAAGCACAACCACAAAUCCAGAAAAGACGAGAUCUUUCUAACCUGCUGAUCAAAAGCAGAAUUUGAACCUUAGCAAAUAAUUCAAACCCCAAAUUUUAUUUAAAAAGUGCAGGACCACACUUUAAAUGUUAACACUAGUAAAAUGUAUUCAGUCAAAUAUACACACUGAUUUUAAAUCUAAUGCUAGCAGUAUAUUUCAAAAAACUUGGGACAGGGACAAACAAACCAAUUUUGAAAAGUUUUUAUAAUACUGAAAAUGACGCCAGGAGCAACAACAACUAAUGACAUUAAUUUGAAACAGGCCGGGAGAAGAUCUGGGAGACUACGCAGGCAAUUAGUUCAUCAGUUUCAGAAUGUUUUUCAGCCAAAGACAGGAUUUCAUCAUAUUCAGAGGAUCUGGAGAAAUCUCUGCACUAAAAAGUUCUAUAACUGAUACUUGAUGACCAUGAUCUUUAGAUACUCAGGCAGCACCACAUCAUAAACAGGCAUGACUCUGUAGUGGAAAUCACUUGAACACAGUAUGUUGCGUUAUCCAUGAAUGCAGGUUUAAAUUGUACUAUGCAAAGAGGAAAAUGUCGUGAAAUAGAAAUAUCCAGGACUUCUCUGGUCCCUGUCUCAUUUAAAACAGACUGAAAAACUGUGUUUUUAUCUAACAUAUCAGAAUACGACAUUGUUUUUGGAUGUCAUGGUUGCCUAAAGAGAAGGGGGACCACAUGAAUAUGAAAUGACAAUAAAGAAUCUGAAGUGUUGAACAGGUCAAGUCUUAUAUCAGGCAAGGGUGGGAUAAGAUUUCACUGUAUAAACUCCAGAAACUGGUCUCUUUGGUUACCCAACAUUAACAAAGAGAAGGUGAUGCAGCAUGCUGGUUAACAUGUCCCUGUCCUUACUGUUUUGAAAAUGGGCUGCUAGCCGUUUUAAAAUGUUUGUUGAAAUACAGAUUUUUCAGUUUCAACAUUUUAUACACACCUAAUACACCGUCCCAACCUCCUUAUAACUGGGGUUAUACUUCCCUGACUGUUUAGUCGUCUUCCUCCCUUCCUUUCUGUCAUUAUUUCUGCUCUAACCCUAACUCUAGAUCUCUUCCCUCUCUUCCACAGAUCAGAAUAAGAGACCCUAACCAAGGAGGUCGAGAUAUUACAGAAGAGAUUAUGUCAGGGGGGCGAAGUGGCUCCACACCCACCCCACCCCAGGUGAGAUAAACAGCCUUAGCAGAAAAAAAACUGCAGUUUUGUUUUUAGUAUUAGACAAAUUAGCUCCAGAGAACUGUAAAACUGAAGGGUUGUCAAAGUAGCUUCAAUGGCUGCCUAACACCAGUUUGAAACUCAUGGAUGCUAUUGAUGAGGGUGGAUUCCUAUCUGCGUUCCUGUCAGCCUGAAGUAAAGUAAUCCUAUUUUAAACAUCCCCACCAUUAUUAUGUUUUCCUAAGAAUCUCUUUUAAGGGUUGAGAGUAGAUCCCAGUCAAGAUAACAGUUGUUAACCAAGCAUCUUCUCCCUUAAGAAAGCCCUUAAGGUGAAAAAGUUUCAGGAGGAGCAAGGAGGAAGCUGAAGACUUUCUCCAGCAGAGGAGAAAAUGGUGAUCGAUGAGACAGGAGAAAUACACCCUUCAACACUGAGUGACUUUCAGUGAAUGAAACAUGCUGCGAUCAUGUUUGCACUCUCCUUUCUGAGCCAAAGCAACAGUGCUGGACCGCCAGAAAGGAAAAGUGAUAGCAAUAGUCAGAUAUUUAGUAAGUGGAGUAAUGCAACAGUUUCACAUUAUGGUUAGCAUGGUGUAGGAAGAUGCCAGAAAGGAUUAAAAUAAUAAGAGUUAAUAUUCAGGGUGAGAUGUGAAAUUAGGGGUUAUCUCCAGAGAGAAGAUCACACACUAGUUUAUCUAUCAUAAGGCGCUCAUCAUGUGUUGGUAGAAAAACUAAGCUUAAAUGUUUGUAGACCAAUGCAUGGGGAAACUCUUCUUUGGAUUUUAACAUAAGAGAAGGCUGCCGCACUAGUGGAUGUGUUUUUGUGACAUUUUUAGGAGACAUAUUUCUUAAGCGUGGUUUCUCCUUCUCUUACGUCCGAAUAGACGUAGUCCUUACCUCGUCUCUGAAUUCUCUCUACUGUGUUGAUGUCUUCUUAUUCAUGGCGGGAACAUACUUGCCCAUACUGUCCAUGUGUUAUAACUUUAUGGGGAAUGCUGCAGACAUCCAGCCCCCAUACGGCACACGUGUUAGACUGCUGUCCAUCAAAAUCACAGUGAUUGCUCUAAGGAGCUCUGACGUCUGACUCAGACAGCCAACCAAGGAGUUGAGUGAAGGCAGCUUUUUUUUCCCCACUGGCAUGUGGAAAAUCAAGUGCUGUCCCAACAUUUAAGGUCACACUGUACCUUACCUUCCUGUGUGUGUGUGUGUGUGUGUGUGUGUGUGUGUGUGUGUGUGUGUGUGUGUGUGUGUGUGUGUGUGUGUGUGUGUGUGUGUGUGUGUGUGUGUGUGUGUGUGUGUGUGUGUGUGUGUGUGUGUGUGUGUGUGUCCCCUAACAGACAGCCAUAUCUGAUUCAGAAAAUACUGUGACCCAGGCCAACGGUGAGAGCGUUCCAGCUGCUGCCACACCAGCGCUGGUUAGACCAGGUGAGUGCCGCAUGAAAAGAGACUUAAAGACAUUACAGCUGUUUUCUACUUAUAAAUGUGUUACUCGUGUGUACUAAGGUAGUUUAUCUUUCUUUUUAUGUGCUUCUAUAGGAUUUUUAAGACAUGUUUAUCCACAUGAUACUCUUAACGGUUUUAACGGUUGGUAUUAUUGUUAUUGAGGGUCAGGGUUUUAAAGUGACCCACUAUUGUGUUCUGAAUGAACAACGCUAAAUAGAAAAGGACACAAAAGCUAUUGUGUAUUCAGAUUACAGCUCUGUGAAAUAUGUAGGGUGGAAAUUUUGCUGAUGAAGUUUGUAAAUUAAUGAAAAUAUCUGAACAUGUCAAACACACAUUUUAAGUGGUUCAACACAAAGGUUCUCAUUUCACACCACCUUGAAUUGUUAUAUGUUAACUGUGGUUUGAUAAUCCUGAGAGAGGUCCCUGCUCUUUUAUCAAAACUCCAUUUAGAUUUGUGACAGCUGUUAUUCUCUUCUUUUUCUUCAAAAAUUAUCCCACCCUAACAAAAUUUUAAAAUUUUCCUAGCUUUGGUGGACUCUCUUCAGCCCAAAAACACGGUUUUUGAGCAGGUAUCUGUUGAUGACUCUGUCAAACUACUCAUUUUAUUUAUUAAGUUGAAAUGUAUUUUAACAGGGAUCCUCAUUGAGAUUCAAAAUCUAUUUUUACAAGAGUGCUCAUGUUAACGCCAGCAUGUUUGACGUAGUCACAGAAAUACCAAACAAAUAACACGCCAACGUUACCUGGAUUGUAUUACAGAAAGUUAGCCAAAGUAUCUGCAGUCUGAUGCAUCUUCCUAAAAGGCCCUCAAACAGAAUUUCAGAGUGACCAUUAGGUUUUCAAAAUAAAACCAAAAAUGAAAAAACAAGACAAUGAAUUGUUUUCUAAAUGUUUGUCUCUGAAUCAAAAUGAAAAAAAAAACAAAAAAACGGAUAAUGUCUCAUUUUCCAAUAUCUGUUUACUUUAGCUCAAGUGGAAAUGGGGUGAAUGGAUAACAAUAGUUUGAUCUGAUUUAGACUUUUUCGUAUGUCGAAAGUUUCAAGUGAACCUUACUCAGACGUCAGGAGAACAAGAAACGGGCUUUGGCAUUGUGGCUGGACUUGAGAAUUAUUCAGAGCUCAUACGGCACUUUUUUCAGGAUGGCAUAACUGAAUCAAUGUGCAGAGAUUUCCACCAUGAAGGCAGGAGUGCCAAGGUGCUCUAAAAUGUCCGUCAGAAGAUUCUAAGGAGAAAAGGACACAUGUCAGACACACAGCUGGGGUAACUUUCUACAGACGAGAAAGUCUAAAUCAGAUAUCGAACUGUCAUUAUCCAUUUAUCCCAUUUUCAUUUGAGCUGAAGAAAAACGGAAAUCAGAAAAUAAACGGCUAUCCGUUUUUCCAUUUUCUUUUUGGAGAUGAAUAUUUGGAAAACAAUUUGUUUUUUUCAUUUUUGGUUUUAUUUUGAAAUCAAAUGAACGAAUGAUACACAGAUUGACCAGCUCCCUCUGUCCCAAGACUUCUUAAAGGAAAUUCUUAGCUGCAGGAGCAUGGCACCCAAAACUGUUCCCCCCAUAUCAAAGCACACACUGGAGACGGAACACAUAAAUAAGUCAUGUGACUGAGUCACAGAGCAGAAAGUGUAGUUUAAAGCAUUUUCCAAAUAAAAAAUCACCUUACAAACAAGAACGUGAACAGUGAUUUAGCAUACAGGCUUACUGAGAUACACUGAUGAUGAGUUAAAGAUUUGUAAUUAAGCUCAGGCCCCAUGGAGGAUACAGGCAUUUAGAUGGUGCAUACGUGUAUAAAUCAUAAUCAAAGUCAAUCAGGGUAGUAAAUGUGGCGAAAACAAGCUUCUUUAUUUGCAGAAAAACAUGAUUUAUUUCUGAAAGACAAACUCAGCUGCAAUAAACUUUGACUUCUCAAAAAGAUGCUAAAUAUGAAGAUUUAAAGACAGAAUGAUUAAAACCCAAAGUUCCUGAAACACUCACCUGCUCUGAGAUUUGAAUCUCUUCACUAACAGAAGGGUCAGAGUCGAUCUUGUCUCUGUGUAUGAUCUCAUGUUUCAUGAAUGAGUUUACUCACUACAUUUAGCAUUACAGCCUGCAGGGGGGAACUUGUAGCCAAGUGAUAUCCUGCAGCCUCCUCAGAGUAGUAAGGAACUCAGGAGUUCAACCGAGCUGAUGCUGAUAAUAGUUAUUGCAUUCUCUGGUGGAGGAAUGUAAUGUGAUUUUUAAAGUAUAUUUAAUGCAGGAAGCGGUGGGCUUUAAAUAGGUAUGCGGCUUUGGGAUGUUGAAGGAGAGGGUGGGUCAAAUACCUGAAAAUAACACUUCUGAAAACAAGAUGUUUACAUGAUGUUUUGUGCUUUUUGGUCAAAUUAGAGGAUUUUCACCUACAUUUUCAGUCAGUGUUUGGAGCCACAUCAUCAUAAAUUGAAUAAAUUCACUUGAUGUCACAGUGGUCCAGUUAUUGAGAGCAGAUCAAGUGAAGAAAAUGAGCCUUUCACUAAUCUAACAGAGGUCUUCUUUUUUCUUUUCUCCUCCAGAUGACAGAGGAAAACCUUCACCCCCUCCACUAUCAAAGACCCCUGAAGCUGCAAAGGGUGACCCCAUCCCCACAGAAGCUGCCUACUCUGUCACGAACACUAAACCUACUUCACCCUCUCCCUUAUCAGAAGCAGAGGACACCCCUCAAGACACUAUUUCCACACUUGCACCCAGCGAUCCUGUUGCAGAUGUGAUGGAUGCUCCCCCACCUGUAAGGGAACCCACCCCGACCCCUCAACCAGCUCCUGAGGUGCCUGCUUACCCUGCACCCCUUCCUGACCCUGUCCCCUCCUCAGCUGCACAAGACAAACCUGACACAGAGGAGAAAGAGGAGGAGGAGGAAGAAGAAGCAGAAGAGGUAGCUGCUUCUUUGGACACACCUGUUGCAACCUCCUCCACCACCACCAACGGUGUAACAGAGGCGGAAUCAGAGAAACUGUUGGUAAUUUUGCCAACAAGUCAAAUGGAAGCUCCUCUAGAAUCACCCAUCGCUCAGCCAGAGGAGCUCCGCCUCCCCAACGGCCUGCCGCUUCCAGCUCCUCAAGACCCUGAGGUGCCCGCCUUCAGCACAGCAGAGCGUGAUGACAGCCCCAUCGCUGAGCCCGACAUCAACGAGCAGUGCGCCACACAGCCCCCUACAGACAUUAUCCAGGCAGCAACCGCACUAGAUGUCCAAACCCCGCCUGCACCCGUUCAGGAGCCGGCACCUGCGCCCACUGUCCAGGAGACUGUGGCUGAUCCCGUCGUCCCCACAGAACCUGCCCAGCCUGAGACCCAAGAUCCAGUUCCUCCAGUUGCCCUGGAAGUCCAAGAAGAAACCCCAGUGGCCCAGUCCACUGUCACGGAAGAGAAGCCAACUCCUACAGAGACGGUUUCCAGCGUCCCCGACAGCACCCCAGGAACAGUGCCCACACCUCCCCCUCCAACAGCAGAGGAGAGGGACGACACUCCUCCCCCUGAGGCAGUCACCCCUGCCCUUGCAGAAACUACUAUGCAACGUCAGUAAUCACAGCGUGCCAAAACAUCUCCUAGCUCAGAUGUUUGUGUGAUGUUGCAAUGAUGCUCGAAUCGCUCUGAAAAUUAUGUUCAUCUUCUCUCUGCAGCUGCCAUGUCUGUGCCAAAGAAGAAGAGGAAGAUGAAGGAUCUGAACAAGAAGGAGGCUGUAGGAGACCUUUUGGAUGCCUUUAAAGAGGUGUGUGUGUGUGUGUGUGUGUGUGUGUGUGUGUGUGUGUGUGCUUUUACAGCCUGUCAUCAUCAUUAUUUUACAGUCUGUUUAAAGUGAACUUUUGAUUGAUUGAUUGUUUGAUUGUGAUGGAAGAAGAACAUUAACUUUAGGAUAACUUUAAAAUCAAAUGCAGAUGGUGUUUUUCUUCUUUUUCCAUAGAAACUCAAACAAGCUUUUGCAUACUUUGAAUCAAAAUGUUUAACUACAUAUCAAACUAAUCAAUUAAAAACUUGCCUCUGAUCAACACUUCAUUAAAAAAAAGCACAGAAAUGACACCGCAGUGAGAAAAAUGACCAUUGUAGGCACUGUCAUGAGAUCCCUCUUUCUCUCUUCCUCUAUUUCUAAACCAGGAGCAGGUAGUGGCCCCUCCGGAGCCAGAGCCUGCCCCUACCCCUGCGCCAGAAACCCAGCCCCCUGCUGCCUCCCCUCCUGCCCCAGAGGAAGCAGACCUGACUUGGGAGGACAAGGAGGACAAGCUGGAUGCCGAGAAUAUUCAGCCAGAUCCUCACAAAGCAAGCGGCCCUGACAAGAAGUACCAGUACAAAGAGGGUGGGUCUCUGACCCUUGAAACUGUUCUGAGCUUUACACCAGCAAUUCAGCACAACCAAUCACCUCAGCGGUAGAGUUAACAAUUCGUCAGAAGACGGUUUAUGUGUACUUUGUGAAAACACAGGGAGUGGCACUGAUCUGAUUCUGUGGACAUGAACAUUUAUGUGAAAAGGAAACUUUAGAGAUAAGCCCAAAGAUUUUCAAGUUCUAGGGGAUUUGAGGUCAUCACAGUUUACUGCAGCUUUAAGUCACAGUCACACAUUAAACAGAACUUACCAUGUUGAAGUAUAAUUGGUCAUUUCCUUUAGACGAGACACAGACAGUUACCAAAAAGAAAAAUGCAGUUUGCCCACCGAUCUUUGAUGAUUAAUUUGCUAACAUAUCUGCCACCUUGUGGACAUUAUGAAACAUUACAACAUUACAUCAAACAUUGGACUGUUCAUGCUGUCUUUUCUUAUCCGCUGCGCAGGUGUGUGAGAAACAUCAUGUCUGUGCCAGUUAUGCCUCAGUUUCAUUCUGAGUUUACACUGUGAGCUUAAUAACUUCAUUAAAAGACAUCACUAUCUUCUCUAGAUCAAUGGAAGCCGAUCAACACAGAGGAGAAGAAGCAAUACGACAGAGAGUUUCUCCUGGGCUUCCAGUUCAUCUCUGCCAGCAUGAACAAGCCUGAGGGUCUCCCAGCCAUCAGUGAUGUGGUCCUGGACAAGGUGCACACUCAGUUUUUGGUUUUAUAUGAACCCCGACUCUUUAAAGAAAGGAUUGCUGAGUGAAUGUAAAGGAAAACAGGGUUUAAUGUUAUUUUCAACAGUUUGAUUGUCUUACUCUUUGUUUCUCAAUGCUCCAAAUGUUCUAAGCGGGUGAGACAGUUAAGCAUCUGGACUCUUCUAUUAAGGAGCUGGGCUGUUGUCAUUUGUGAAGACUGUGGUUUGGUAUCUUCUUGUUGCAAUAUGUAAGGCUCCUGAAUGAAAUUUCCUUUUUGUGUUAUUUCCUUAAAAGGCUAACAAGACCCCUCUUCGCCAACUUGACCCCAGUCGUCUACCAGGAAUGAACUGCGGUCCUGACUUCACACCAUCCUUUGCCAACCUUGGUCGGCCUGGCAUGGGAGGAGGAAGCAGAGGACCAGUAAGUGAUGUUUUUUUGUUUUGUUGGAGGAACUCUGUGGUUCUGAACUGCUGAGCCUCGUUAGCGAUCCAUCUCUCCCCCUUUCUCCCUCAGCCUCCAGGACUGGGCAUGGGAGUCGGAGGUCCACGUCGCUCUCAGCAAAUGCAGAGGAAAGAGCCGAGGAAAAUCAUCACCAGCAUGUCCCUCAGUGAUGAUGUGCAGCUGAACAAAGCAGAGAAGGCUUGGAAGCCUUCCACAAAGAAAUCUGUUCGUGGCCGCGGACCAGAGGAGAGUGAGGAGAAUGACCCAGAAAACAUCAAGACCCAGGAGCUGUUUAAAAGGGUCCGCAGCAUCCUCAACAAACUGACUCCCCAAAAGUUUCAACAGCUAAUGAAACAGGUGACAGACCUGGCUAUUGACACUGAGGAGAGAUUAAAAGGAGUCAUAGACCUCAUCUUCGAAAAGGCCAUAUCUGAACCAGACUUUUCUGUGGCCUACGCCAACAUGUGCCGCUGCCUUUCAGGGGUAAGUGACUCAGCACACAACAGGUUAAUGUGUGUUCUUGAACGUUUAAUCCAUGGCUACAACCAAAACAAACACAAAGCAGGCAUCAUGUCAUUCAAGCCUCUCCAUAUCUGCAUCAUGAUGUCGUCCCGGCGAACCUCAGACCUGUUGAAUUCACCAUGUUCAGAAAAACAGCUGAUGUAUUCAGAACAGACACUGUAUGAUUGGCCCAAUCAGAGAGCAGCUGUUUUGUGCUUUGGCAUCGUAAAAGGUUUGAUGUCUGUGCGUUUAGAUUUUGAGACCAACUGGGGCUUUCGCAGCUAAAACAGGAUCAGCUGUUUUUUCUGCUUUUCUACCAUUUCAACGUUGAACCAAACUAAGAAUUUCAAACUAAACCAGUGAAGCUGUAAAAGAAGAAAAUUGUAUGUUUUUCAUUACAAUAAGGCAGGGGGGCAGCCUUGGGUUGUGGUAUUUUAGAGCUUUACCCUUUCAUGCUGAUGACUUCAGGCACAGUGAGGAGUUUUGAGCUGGUCGAGAAACAGACUGAAACUAACAACCAGCCUUAAACAGUUGUAUUUUUACCAGAGCUGUUUGGUCCUUGGUGCAUUUCCCUGCAAAGUCCGGUUUGUUAGGAGUGGUGUGAAAGCUCCGUUAAACUUUGAUGCAGACAAAACAAGUGAAUCUUUGUCCUCUCAAAAAUGAGGGUCUUAAGUUUGCUUCGUGAAUUCUGGUGAGGCUCAUUUGAGGUGUAAAAGCAAUGCAGACCAACAACCAAACAAGACAGAAGUGACAUAACAUGCAGUGCAUCUGUGUACCACUGUCUCGGUGUAACCACGGCAACGUGUCACAGUGUCUGAUGGAGGGAUGGACAUCUUAGAUACUGUUCGUUUGUGGUAUAUAAGCCAGUGAAACAGGUUGGAUUUCUGCAGUUGUCCAGACAGUUUGGUUUGUUGGUCGUGUGAAAGUAAACUUCAUGAUAGUGUAUCAAUGUUGCUGUUUCACCCCUGAAUCGAAGCGACUCCUCUGAACUGCCAUGUGUGAAGAGAGGAUCAAGCCAUAGAUUUUAGCAUUUAAUGUCAGAAGACAACACAGUGAGGAGUUUGUCUGAAAACACAACUUUCACAAGCACAGGACAUGACGUAAAAAUAAUCCCUUUGUCCACAGGGGGGCGCCAAAACAGACACUGACAAAAAAAGUCAGUGCUUUAGAUAACACGCCUCUUGAAUUGAAUUCCUCUCUGAAAAUGUCGAGGUCUUGGCCCGUUAUAUUGGACAAUGCUGGGUUUGGUUGUUGAGUCUAAAAUCAACCGUUUUCAAGUGUAGAUAGACUUUUAAAGUUUAUCACAAAAUUAAAAAGUGGCAUUCAGACAUUGAAGAAGUGACGUCUGAUAGCUCCAGAAAUGAUUGGUUAUGGAUUCGUUUCCUUACUAAAACAGAAACACAAAAGGCUGCUGUUUAAAAUGAACUUACUGAUUCAGAAAACACUUCAUAACAUUAGAGCUACAAGCAAAAACUGAUGCUGCACUGUCUACUCAUAAAAGGCUCCCCAAGUACAUGCUGAAAGAGAGACAAAGGAACCACGUUAACGUCAAGAAUAAAUAAUCCCUGGUUCGAAAGAUCAGUAACUUUCAGCUUCGUGACUGGGAGACUCACAGAAUAUCAGAAACACUGCAUCUUCAUCACCUGGAGCCAAAAUGAGUAAAAUAUUCAGAAAACAAAGAUGUGUCAUAGCUGCAACAAAUACAUGUACAGGUGUUGAUAUUGUUACUUGAGCUCAGUAGUUGAGCAGUAUUUAUUGUGUAAUGAAGAAACACUUGGAUUGUAGAAACAUUUGAGCAGAUUGCUUCAAUUUUACAUCCAAAAAAAACCUUCAUAGAUAUUUGUACAAACAUCUAACAAUGGUCAUCAGGUGUUAUCUGGUGACUGUGCUGGUUUAGAAAUGUUUCCACCAGUGAAGAUGAUGACCUUUGAUGAGUGCACUGAUCCAAAGAUGGUAUUGAGGAAUAGACGAGCCGUCUCCUUGUCUUUCUUUCCUUCUGAGAAACAAUGAAUUUCUCUUUUCAGCUCAAAGUCCAAGCCACAGAUAAGCCGGGAACCACUGUGAAUUUCCGCAAGCUGCUACUAAAUCGGUGCCAGAAAGAGUUUGAGAAGGACAAAGAUGAUGAUGAGAUCUUCGAGAAGAAGCAGAAAGAGCUGGAGGCUGCCACAGUGGUACGUUUGUGACAGGGUCUUGACUUGUGCAUAAAGGAGCUGUUUAAGAUUUUUAAGUCGUCCAUACUUCAGGAGAAAGCUCUGAAAGAUUUCCGGCUGAUCAGGAUCUCUUCAGGAUAUUAACGGUUAUUUUCUUUCUCUCUGGCAGGAGGAGGAGAAGCAGCGGCUCAUGGAGGAGCUACAGGAUGCUAAAGACAAGGCCAGGAGGCGCUCCCUCGGCAAUAUCAAGUUUAUCGGUGAGUUGUUCAAGCUCAAGAUGCUCACAGAGGUCAUCAUGCAUGAUUGCAUCGUCAAGCUGCUCAAAAACCACGACGAGGAGUCGCUGGAGUGCCUGUGUCGAUUGUUGUCCACCAUCGGGAAGGACCUAGACUUCGAAAAGGCCAAGGUACAGAACACGCCAUCUACAAAUGCAUGCAGGGAAAUGUGGUUUUGUGUUUUGACUCGAGUUUUAAAGAAAGACCUCUGCUAAAGUUUAGUAAAACUGUUGUGCUUCUCCUCAGCCUCGUAUGGACCAGUACUUCAAUCAGAUGGAGAAGAUAAUAAAGGAGAGGAAGACCAGCUCCAGGAUCCGAUUCAUGCUGCAGGAUGUGCUGGACCUUAGACGGGUAAUGGAAAAAAAAAAAAAAAAAAACAUGUAUUAAGUAUCCUCAUAUGACUGAUAAUUAGAGAAACACAAAGCUGGAGAUGUAAACAGUCAAAGAAAGCAGUUUGACGGAAAACAAACCAAAAACUUUUCUUGUGAGUGUCUGUGUUCGUGUCUAGACUGUCCACACGAAUGUCCCGCCCCUUUUCUCAUAUUCCUGCGUCAUUUCAGUGUGGACAGGAAUCCACUCCAACCCACUCAUUAGGCUUUGAUUCCUCAUGCCAAACCUGUAGUUGUUGCAUGAUGUUAGAGACCAUGUGUGGUGUGUCUUACAUCCACAGCCCCAGAGACGUCCACACUGGUCCUUCAGCUUUGGUCUAGUGUGAGUCUCGUUCAUGGGCUAAGAAAGAAAGGUCUUCCUCAGCUCUUUAAUGCAGCACAGUUCCUAAACACAGAGCUGCUCUGUGCCAUAAGCUGAGACAUGACAUUAUAGUAGCAGCAGCAGCAGCAGCAGCAGCAGCAGUAGUGUCCUCAUUCACCUCUGCUAAAGCUGGAUGUCUUCAGACAGUCUGAGUGUGUCAGGGCUUUUCUAGGUUAAGUUGUGUUUCAGAGUCAUUUCAUUCAAGUGUCGUCGCGCUGAAGGAAUGCUGCAGUCCUGUAGUUAUGCUCCCAGUCCCGCCCACACACUGUUACAAAACCUGCUGUCUUCAGUGUUUUUACAAGCCAAAAAUCAGCUGCUCCAAGUCAGCACAGUGGCCCAAUUUAACAGUGAGACACACACUUAGUUUCUUUUGUGGGAAAAGAGGGGAGCACAGCGUCUCAAGGAUGUGGUCCUCUUCUAACUUGAUUUUUGAGUUAAACACAUCCAACAUGUACUUAGGCUUUUGUGAUUGAUCUUUGAGAUCUAUAACUUUAAUGUUUAAAUGUAGAUUUGUGUGGUGGAAAUUCAUGUUAUGACCUCUUUUUUUUUUUCCUUUUUUUUUGACAAAUUUCUUAAUGAAUCCAAAUUAUAACCCAAAAAAACAAACAAACCAAGACUAAGAUUUGACCUCUAAUGAAAUAUGUAGUUGUCAAUUACCUGUGCUGUACUCAUAAUAUAACCCCCCUUACCUCAAUGCAGAAUAACUGGGUCCCCCGGCGAGGCGACCAGGGCCCCAAAACCAUCGACCAGAUCCACAAAGAGGCAGAGCUGGAGGAGCACAGGGAGCAGAUGAAGGUGCAGCAAGCCCUCGUCUCCAAGAAGGAGACAGGCGGCGGCCCCGGUGGCAGGAUAGGUGGAGGAGGCCCUGGGGGUCGUGGGGGCCCCCAUACUCAAGGCCGCGGUGCUCCAUCCCAGGAUGAAGGCUGGAACACAGUGCCCAUCUCCAAAAACCGACCUAUCGACACAUCUCGCCUUAGCAAAUUCACCAAGGUAGGAGAGGAAACCGGUUUUUCACCUUACUUAGUUUUUUUGACAUGUCCCAGCUGGAGUUUGACUGAUUACUGAGAGUAAACAGCAGGUUUUAACCAGCUCUCUCCUCUCUUAGACUCCUGUUCUUGACCUCAACAAUCAGUUACUGGCCCCUGGAGGUAAAGGCACAUGGGGCAGCUGGGGUAAGGGCAGCAGCGGUGGGACAAGCACCAAGCCUGCAGAAUCUGGUAGGUUCCCCCCCGACAAACGAAUAACUAUGACCUUAAUUCCAAAACAGCUUAGACGCUCAAGAAAAUGUGGAUUAAAAAAAAAAAAAAAGUUUGCAAACAAGUUAAAAAAGAUGAAUCUUGACAUGUUCGAUGUGUGUGUUUUAUCCCGCUGCAGGGCCAGAGUCAGGCAGCCGUCCAGCCACCAGCACUCUGAACAGAUUCUCCGCCUUACAGCAGCCUUCAUCAUCCUCAUCAGUGGAAUCAGACAGACGAGUUCCUCAGAGGUUAGCAGUACCAAAACUGUCAAAGCCAAUUUUAGAUAAUUCCGUGCUUUCAGAGAGAAUGUUUCAGACUGAGUCUAUCAGCUGACUUCCUCUGCCUCCGCUCCUCCCUCUGUGCUCUUACAGGAACAGCUCCAGUCGAGAGCGCGGCGAUAACUUCGACCGCUCGAAUCGGGGCGGCGACAGGUAUGACAGACGGGAUGACCGACGUGACGAUCGCGGCGAUCGGAACCGGCUGCAGGUCACCAAACGCAGCUUCAGCCGGGAGAAUGAAGGGCGGAGUCGAGAGAGAGAGCAGCGCGGGUCGGCCGAUCCUGUCCGUAGGGUAGCGAGCAUGACGGACGACAGAGACAGAGGCAGCAGAGAGAGAGCCAGAAGCAAAGACAACGGUAGGCGAUUAUAUACAUGUUAAACCAUGCAAAGAACACAAUUUCUGAAAGUCCAAGUGACAUCUUCAAAUCAAUUAUUGAUUUCAAACCAAGAAAAGGACAUUCCAGAGGAAAAAACAGCAUGGGUCCUUUUUUCUUUUUUGGCCCUCUAUGAACUUUGAGCUCAGACAAGAUCCACCAAAAUGAUGUACAAAAUUACAAGAGUUUUAUUUCAGAAAAAGUUGGUAUAAACUUGAGUUCCUAUGAUUGAGUUUCAUGUUAUUUCUGUUUUACAUGAAAGCAGUGAAGCGGGAAACAGCUGCCACCCCUCCACCACCCCAGACCCCCACCAAGCCUGCCUUGACCGAGGAGGAGCUGAACAAGAAGUCUACAGCAAUCAUCGAGGAGUACCUUCACAUCAAUGACAUGAAGGUACGUGAUUAUGAGCUUGUAAAUGUUGCCGUUUCUGUGUCCAAAGGAUCUUUGGUUCAGCCCUGAUGAGUAUUCUGUCAGACUCAGAAACAUCUUUACACUCUUUCUGCCCAACAGGAAGCUCUGCAAUGUGUGCAGGAGAUGAAUAGCACUCAGCUGCUGUUUGUGUUUGUACGAAACGGGCUGGAGUCCACGCUGGAGCGCAGCACCAUCGCCAGAGAGCACAUGGGCUUGCUCCUGCACCAGCUCAUCAAAGCCAGCAUCCUCCCAACACAGCAGUACUACAAAGGGUCAGUAUGACACAUCAAUCUACCCUAACAAGGUCAGUAGGACAAGUCUGUGCAUGUAUGAAUACAGCAUGAGAGAGCUAACAAGAAAACGAACAAGACUACCAAGAAUAGAAUAUACAUUCAAGAAGCUAUGACUGUCUCCACACAAGUGCAAGUAAAAUCAUUCUUGUGAAUGAAUUACACGUUAAGUCAAUGCAAAGAUAUGGUUAGACGCUCCUACUACUCUAGUGGCGCAAAUGACGCAAAUUCGACAGGAGCUGAAAAUGUCUCAACUUGAGCAGAUAUUCGUGUCACAAUAGGGUUGCCGGGUGAUGUAUGAAAACGGACGGUUGUUCACUGGUAUCUAAAAUGAAGGAACAAACUGAUCGUGUUGGUGUGUGGGUGCCCCGAAUUAUAUGAUGCGUUUUCUUUCAAUUAUCGAAACCGGAAUGAAAAGGAGCUCGUCUGGAGGCAAAUGAGUGAGGAGGUCGGAUUACCUGGUAAUCCUGUGAGUGCAUAUGUGUGCCUGUGGUUAUGGAGUCAGUUGGAAAGUUGCAGCAGCCUUGGCAGUAAAAGCGGCGCUUUAUGUCAGGGUGUCUCUCCUCCCCACAACAAAAAAAUAGUAGCAAUCUUCACGAUGCGGUUUAUUUCUACCAUGCUUGGAUUUCUUGUAUCCAUGGUACCAGUAUCCAAGGAACGAUGAAAUGAAGCGAGUAAAUACUAUUCAUCCACGCGUCUAGAUUUGUGCGACUUCAGCGAGUAGAUGUUUUUACUCGUGCUUGGUGUUAGCGCCCCAUAAAGAUGGACUGAACUCCUCAAUGAGAUGAAAAAUGGCAGUUUCAGCCUUAAAUGAACACAGUUUGUGACUGCAGGGUUUUUAAUUAACAGACACCCAUGGGAGCACUGCUGCUCUUUAGUACCAAAAGAAUGUCUGAAAAGUAACACUUCUCAGCAGGCAGUACAAUGACAAAGUAGAAAAACGCUUUGUGAGCCAAUUUCUGUUUAUUUGGAUCAUUUUGGUGGCAGUUUUCGCUGAUUCACCAUCUGUUGAGAGUUUGAACCCCAUUCAUCCUCCUUAAAUCCCCAAAACUUCCUAAAAUAUGUGCUGUGUGUGUGUGUGUGUGUGUGUCUUUAGGCUUCAGGAAAUCCUGGAGGUGGCUGAAGACAUGGCCAUAGACAUCCCCCACAUCUGGCUGUACCUGGCAGAGCUGAUCACUCCCAUGCUCCACGAGGGAGGCAUCCCCAUGGGAGAGCUCUUUAGGUACGUCCCACUCAUUUCUCAGACCAUCACUAUGUUGAUCAUGUGGGCUGUGUUGGAUUCAUAGCUGGAUUUUUAACUGUUUUUUUUUUUUUUGGUCUUCAGGGAGAUUUCAAAGCCUUUGAUCCCUCUGGGCCAGGCUGGUGUCCUGCUGGUCCACAUCCUGACUUUACUCUGCAAAGGAAUGGUGAGAUCAAAACAACAAUGGUGCCUCAUUUCAUGUUUUCUUGUACAGAGAAAAUUUGUUUGUUACUGGUUUGUAAUAUUUUGGAAACAGGAAGACUUUUGGCUCUCAUAUUGGACCAAGCACAGUCUUUACAUUUUUGAAAAUUAAUCUUGAAUUGAUCUUUUUUCACAUCAGAGCCAUAAAAAAGCAGGCACUAUGUGGAGGGAAGCUGGCCUCCGGUGGAAAGACUUCCUCCCCGAGGAUGUCGACGUCAACAAGUUUGUGACAGAGAAGGUGAGAGGUCACACAGUUUUACCAGUAGAGUGGAGGGGGGCUGCAAGAUUAAAGCUGAAGUCCUACAGAGCUGCAUAAAAACUGCACAUUCAUUGCAGCAGAUUUAGUGAGAGGAUAGACAAUUCAGCCUUCUCGGUAAAUCUCCACUGUGUCUCACACACUCUGUGACUUAUAUUACAUAUUUUACGGUGAAUUUCAGUCAUAGUUCAGCAGGUCUAGUUAGAGGUAACACUAUGAGGCAAAAAGCUGAUCAUGUUUCUCUGAACCAGGAUAUGGAGUUCACUCUGGGCGAUGAGUCUGAGAAGAGUAAAAAGAAGGAGAUGAGCUCUGCAGAGCUGACCAAACAGCUGGACAGACUGAUCCAGGACCAGGCUGACAACCAGAGGGUCUUUGACUGGGUUGAGGUGCUGUUGCACAUGUUAUAUAUGUUGUAUUUUGAUACUUUAGAUCUUGUUUUUGUUUCAGUUUCUGUUCUCUACAUGAAUAAGGCUUCAGUAUUGUUGUUUUCUGGGUGUAGGCUAACCUGGACGAGCAGCAGAUCUCCUCCAACACCUUCGUCAGAGCUUUGAUGACCUCCAUCUGCCAGUCAGCAGUUAUCUGUGAGUCCACAAAGACCCUCUGUUGUCCCCAUCAGAGCCGACCUGUGGCGGACUGUGGGACAGUGUUGACAAAGACAUGGAGUCGGUUGAAUGUCAUUGAGUCAGCGUGGCUUUGUGGUCGAGUUUGACGAAGUUUUCAAAAUUCUUGACCUACAGGUGAGAACCCCUACAAGGUGGACGGAGAGCAGAUCAAACAGAGGGCCAAGCUGCUGCAGAAAUACCUGAAGGAUGAACAGAAGGAGCUGCAGGCUCUGUACGCCCUGCAGGCCCUGAUGGUGCAGAUGGAGCAACCUGCCAGUGAGUAGCUAAUCCCAAACUUGUGUUUUCAAGUUUGCAUCAACUUUUACUGAAUGAGAAUAUCUCUGUGCAUCAUUUUUAUUCUUCUUGAAAGGUAAUGUGUGCCCAUUUUCUCCUCCUGUAAGGCUUUUUAUGAAACAUUGGCUUUAGUUUCAGUUAAAAUGAUAAUAAAAACUAAUCCAGGACUCUCCUUUGUCUCUGUCUCCCUCCUUCAGAUCUGCUGCGGAUGUUCUUCGACACCCUCUACGAUGAGGAUGUGAUCAAAGAGGAGGCCUUCUACAAGUGGGAGUCUAGCAAAGACCCCGCCGAGCAGCAGGGCAAGGGCGUGGCCCUCAAGUCCGUCACCGCCUUCUUCACUUGGCUCCGAGAAGCUGAGGACGAGUCUGACAACAGCUAGGACCUGCUGGGACACGCUGUGGGAGUUAGAGAAGGGUCCUUGGAGCAGGUGUGAAUGUUUAGCGGACGAUUCAGAGGACUCUGAAUAAAAAAGAAAAAACCUUCUGCAUAAACAGAAAAAGCAAGAAAAAAAUUCUUCAACUGGGAGAGAUUGUAUUAUGGAUCGAACGUUCGAUCGUGUUAUUUUUUUUUUUUCUUUUUUUUGGGUUCCUUGUUUUUUCCUUGUGCAACUGAAUGUCAUUUUUGAAAUGAAUGAAUAACAAGAUUAAUAGAGAGAUUAGAUUUGAGAGAGAAUGCUGAGCAGCGUUGCAAGCCGCGGAGAUAAUGUUGUUUCCUUCAGUAUUUUUUUGAGAUUUAUCUCCUGUUUUUUUUUUUCAAAUGGCUGUUCCUCGCCACGGCAACACUAUCCAAGACACUUUGCUUAACGACAGAUAUUAAGAAAACAUCAACUUAAAAAGGCUGUUCACAUUUAUAUUUUUGAUGACUUCAUCCUUUAUUGUGUGGAUGUGACACAGAAACAUUGUCAUGCCUCAUGUACGGUGUUUGAUCUACAUGAUGCGCUUCUGUAGACAGUUAGCUUUUGGUUCUUCUUCUUCUUCUUUCCAGUGUUGGAUGAUUGGAGUGAGUUUUUAUAUUAAAAAAAGAAAACUACAAAGAAAAGUGAUGAGUGCUGUCUAACGGACAUUUCAGACAGGAGUUUAAGGAACGGUUGUUGGACUCCCUGAGGAUCAUACACAUCCUUAACUUGGAUGCUGUCGCUGGGGAGUGGGGCGACAAACAUUGACCAUUUUGCUGCUUCAGGAUGACGAUGCUUCCCUGACGCCCCUGAACCCCCAAACCCCAACCCCCUGGACACCCCCUCCCUUGUGUCUGUUUCACUCUUUUCCUGCGCUUUAGAGGACAAACUAUGGACAAAUGGAGAGUGAGAGUAAGGAGUCACGGCUGCACCCUCCUACAGAGCCUGUCAUCAGAUUAAAAAGAGGAAAUAUCACAAUGAAAACUUGAAAAAAUCUACAUAAAAAAAUCUACUUCAAGGAAGAAGGACUCUAAAAAAGUUCACAGUUCGAAUCCUGAGGCCUUUCCUGCUUUCAUGAGUGGAAAUGCAUUUCAGGAGAGUUCUGUAAAUAUAUGAUGGAUAAACUUUUUUUUUUUUCUUUUUUUUUUUUUUCAAAGAAGAAAUGCUCUUUUCCCUGUAUUUAUAUUUUUCUCUCCUCAGCUGGCAGAAGGUGCUUGUAAUUAUCCAACCCGAGUCAUUGGUUACGGUUUAAUUGAAAAUUUGUAAAUACUUUUUUGCUUUACUUUAUUAAAAAAGAUAUUUAAUUAAAGAAAAUUAAUGCCUCUUUUCACAUCCAAAACUGGAAGAGAUAAUAAAGAUUGUUGCCAAUAAAAGAAAAACUCCCAUACUCAUGCUUUUGUAGAGACUGUUUGGAUGGAGGCUGGUUUCCCUGUUGAUGUAGAGCUGGCCUCUCUGAUUUUAAUUACUGCCACACCGCAGAGCUGAUCACAUUUAAUGUAGACCAGCUCUGGGUUGAAUACUGCGGCUUUGUUUUUUGGUUUGUUUUGUGUUCCAGUUUAUACACUGCUCAAAGAAAAUAAAGGGAACACUUAAAUCACA